GCAGACGCAGGACGGCUUCCAAAUGAGGAGCAGGUUGCCACCUAAAGAAAGCUAAAACGUCGACAUUUACCCGUUAACGGCUUGAGUGGACGGUCGUGAGCUUUAUUUUUAAGUUGGUCGUUGUUUGGAUAAAACGCCGAAGACUCCAGAGGGACUGCAGUCUGUCUUUCAUGUGCUCUCCGGUGUAAGUAGCUGACAGCCGCACUUUUCCCACUAAGCACCAGAGCACGACUGAGCGCUUAUCAGGAAUGCUAUUUUGAAAAGUUCGUAUUUGACAUUCAGCUCAUACAGAUAUUUAAACUGUAUUGUUAUUUUAACUCUGUGUAAUGCUUGUUUUGUCACAUUUCUAUCCUUAAUUAUUCAUGCUUUUCUUUGUCUGCAUUUAUGGUGGAGAUGCAACAGGUGAUAUGACCUCAAGAAAAGGUUUACCGGUUUAUAAUUACAGUUUGAAUCUGAGAAAAGUUGGUAGAUCAGAAAUCAGCUUUUGUAAGGUACUUGCUGAUUCUUUCUUUCUUCAAAAGAAAAAAGACUGAUAUUUUCAGACAGCCCUUGAGCCAUAUAUUUGCUCAGGUGUCAAAUACUAGGCUAGUCCAACUCAUUCUGAUCUACAGAUAAGGCAAUAAACUUUGAAACUAGAAGUUUGUAGGCUAGAGAAUAAUUUCUGCACAGGUAAACACACCUUUUGAAUAACUUGAACAGACACGUGAGAUGCGCUUGUAGCUCAAGGCAGUGAAAAGGCUCAGUUUUCCAUAAGACUAAAAUCAUGAAUUACUCAUGAUUCCCUUGGUUCAUUGAGAUGAGUGUGCUCUUGUAGUUGUAUUCUUCAUUGUAAGUGUGCCCUCCACUCAAUUCUUAUGUGCAACAGGUGGCUUCAUGUCCUCAAAGACCUGAAAUCCAGUCCAGUGAGACCACUACAUCUCCUCAUCGAACCCUCAGUUGUUGUGGAAUGAUGUUUCAGCAGCAGGAUAAACUUUCACUCAAUUUGCACUUGGGUCCUAUAAUGGAUUAGUGUUAAUUAGAACUGGAUGAUCAUUCAAACUUAAUGAGGGCCUCUAAAUAUCAUGCUGCUGACUGCUGUGGUCUUGAGGACAGAGAGCUGGGCAUUCAAUAUUCAUACACCCUCGGAAAGUGUUGUUAUGUCUCCCUUUGUGCACAUGGAUCAUGGAUUUUUGUCAAGGGAACAUUUCGAAGAGCAAUUGUUGCAAGCAGCUUAAAACUGCAGAGUGUGAGUGUUGGUCAGGAGAAGCUUGGUCAGCAUAAGGGGCUAACAGUUCAGAGGUCCAGGACUUGAGCAAAUCCCUGCUAAAUGGUGGUUUAAACAGGGGUUGUUGUUACCUUGUUGCUGUGAUUGCUACAUCAUUACUGCUGACUAAACCAUGAGAGCUUUUAAACCCUUCAAACUGCUGCGAUCUACAGAGGCAUGUUUUGGUGUAAGAUACUAAGGAUUCAUGUAGUACUUUUAAGCCAGAUAGAAAAAAAUAUCUGUAACAUUGAGUUCUGAACACUAAACUUAAGAAAACGUGUAAAUGUUUAAUUUCCACCUGUUUUCCAGCAAGUUGGGGCUGUUGUAUUCAAAGGUUGUAUUCACAGUCUAAGGUCAGCAGUCUGCACAAUAAAAUACAACGCUCCCUCAAAGGCAAGACAAACCCAUUUUUGUUUGAAUAUUGUGAAACACCCUUGAGGUUCUGUGAAGUUUUAAGGUUUAAACUUUACCUAGCUAAUUUACAUCUUUUUAUAUUUUAAUUUUCAGGCCAGAUUUAAGACAUCCUCUAUUUUGCACUGCUUACACCUAUAGCUUUGUCUUCAUUUCUUCCUUGUUUACACAUUACUGCUACUUUUGAGACACGAAAUAGUUUAGUCAAAUGAAAACAGAAAAACUAUGUUAAAUACACAAACUAAUUGUCGUAUGUUCUUUUAAUUUGAUGUAGACAUAGUCACAAGUACUCUUCCACAAAAUGCUGAGCAUUGCAUUGUUGCAUUGACAGUGGAAAGUUGUGUUAACCUCAGGAUGCAAGAGUUUCCAUUACAUUAGGGCAGUAUAUUGUGGCAUGCAUUUUUUAUACAGAUUGUAGACACCGAAAUACAACGGUGGACUGUAAAAUGUGCAAAAUGGUAGUAAAUGAGAAGUGAAUCUACAUAUGACAUGUAUGUUUGUUGACAGCCUUGCACUCGGUUGCUUUGGUCAGUUCAUUACUGCUGCUGGUUGAUCAGUGAAAAAAAUGCAAAACCCAUGACAGGUUGUGUAUCGCGCUGCUGUGCUGUCAUGCAUUUUAGCAACACAACCAUUGCUCUACAGUCCUGUUAAUGGUUGAAAACAGCGUGAUUGAUCCAAUUACUUAUCUGAAGUAACCUAUUAAUUUGACUGUUUAAAAAAAAAAAGGUAGCAAUUAUUAGUUCCUCUCAGUCCAGACCAUGAAAGUAUGUUUCUUGUUGUGGAAAGAGAUGAGGCUCAAAGGAACCUUCAGCUGCCAAUGAAUGCCUGUUUGCUUCUUCAUGUGAAAAUACCUGUACUGUCUGUAUGCCCGGCAGCUUUAACUUUGGUUGGUCAGAUCUGAACUGCAGUGUUUUCUUUGUAUGCAUUAUCACUACUUUCUCCUGCUACAAAGCUAACCCUGAAGAUGUUAAUCUCAGGCUGAUUCAUGUUGGCAUUUCCCACUUAUCUAGCAUGAUGUUCAUGGAGCAAAAAAAGCCGUUGCACAAGCUGUUGCUUCCUGGAAUGCCUGGUAGACUUAUAAGGGGUGCCACUGCCUAUAUCAGCGCAGGGGGGAGUAACAGCAAGACAAAAAUACACCAGGGAGCUGAGUGUCACUGUCACUGGUGGACCAGAUGGGCUGCCAUCAGAAAAGAAAGGCCAAGUUGAGCUGCAGUAAAUCAGAGGAUUUUUCAACCAAAAACCGAAAUAGAGUAUGGGCAAAAUGGACAUCUGAAGGAAACUGUCCCCUCAAUUUGGUCUUAAAGAAAUAGAUGUGCAUUUUCCAGUUCUUAGAGUUCUAUACCAUAUUUGAGAUGAAUGUAGGUGUGGCUAGUAGAAGAAGUUAUAUAACAUGCAACAGUGACUAGCUGACAUUUAGCAGCCCCAGUGCCAUGUUUUCCUCAAGAGUUUGUAGAAACCUAACUGAGGCCAAUGAUUUUAUCCUGCAACAGGCACAAACCUUAGUGUUGUUGCUACCUUCCAUUUUAAACCAACUGCUGUUGAGGUUGGAACAAAUACUGUUUGAAGUUACUAUCACACUGAAAGAGUAGAUACCAACAAGUAUUUUGGGGUAUUUUCUAUAGUGCAUCACUUGCCCACUCAUUGCAAUGGAUGUCCAGUCAUCUUUGUUUUUGUCAAUAGUACAUUAAACUUGUGUUUUUGUGCUCCUUUUGUUGGGGUUAAACUGAUUUGAACCAACAUGAAGUCCUGACAGUCUUUACAUGGCACGGCCUUGGAACAACCUCCCAUGAGGGAAUGGACCAUGUAGACAUUUAUUUUUUGGUUUUGUUUGAAUGAUGAAUGCAGUAUCGACAAGAUCCAAUCCUUUCAGUUAGGUUUUGUCGCUGAGCUGUUGUAUCUACCCGGCUGACAUCAGGCACUCACAAACAAGUUGUUUGUGCUGCUUAACUCGAGACACCCUUCCCUCUCUGUAACUCUGCUUUCAGGUUGCAGCACAGUGUGGACAUAGUGUGUGGGAUAUAAUGUCACAACUCUUCGCAGUUGCAUGCUUAAUCCUGCUCCAAACCUACACAGUGUGUGCCGCUAAGACUGUGAGGAUUAAGGGUUUGAUUUCAGGGCUUGCAUGCACCAAUUAAAGCAAACAUAUGGUGUACCAUUCAAGCCAAGCUACUGAAGUCUGUGUAAGACAGGUGAAGUAAGUCCUCACUUCUUACAGAGCUGGUUUCGGGUCUAAAAUCCAGUUUUUAUGAAAAAACUGUACUGCCUAAGGAAAAUAAUGCUCUGGGUCUUUUAUAGCAGGUUUAUCUAGAUUUAUGUUGCCUUUACAAUGACUUCAAUAUUCAGUGGACCCAUUUGCAUGAUAAGGUGAUAAGCUUCCUGAUACUUAAUUGUGUUAAAGCAUUUCUGAUGGAAGGGUUACUGCGUUUCUAGUUUAGAAAACAGCUGGUUUGUCUUAGUUAAACAAUGUCUUUAAUUAUGGUAGAUAAAAAGGGGAACUAGCUUCCUGAAAGUCAUAUGCAUAGUUAGUGUACUUCAGUGUAUUUUUGUUAUUUUUGCCUUUAAAAAAAAAAAAUGUUAUCUACUUUUUUAGAAUAAUUUUACGGAAGAGGAAAAUGGCCAUGGAUUUUUCGUUUUUGUUACACACUGUUAUCUCGUGAUAAUGACUUAUUAUCUUAUCUUGGUAUGACAAAGUUUGUUUUCUCAUGAUAAUGGAAAUGGCAUUUUAGCUGACCUUAACCAGAAACUGUUAAAAAUGCCCUACGGAGUGACUUCUGGUGAAAUGUAUUACUUGAUUUCUUAUCCAGAGUUGUCAGUAUAUCUUGUUUAUUCCUUUGAAGCGUAAGCUAUGACAGAUUAUAGACAUUGAUGUCUACGGUAUAGACUCCAUGUAUACAUUAUCAGUAAAAAUGUCUGAUUUGCUAUGACAAGGACAUCUCGGUAGUCAUCUGUCUGGUGGGUUCCAAUCUGAUAGGUUUCUAAUAGAUUCUUUUCAAUGAUGCCCAGACAAUCAAUCCUCCCAUGUAACCCCAAUUCUCAAUUAAUUUUAAUGCAAAGCUUUUCAUCAAGCAUGGACUUUGAUUCAUUCACCGGUGCUUAGGUUAGUUUAGUCCUGUCAGUUCUACAUUGAUUUUGAGAGCAAGGUGUGCUAUUAUUGCUGUUUAGACGACAGUGACUUUUCCCUUUCUGUGUGUUCAAACCAGAAGUGAUUUUCCUGCAUUUGAAUUCUGGUUGAAAGGGAAGGGUUACACCACCGUCCAAUAUUUACAUUUCAUGAAUCAUUGAAGAGAUGCAAAUUUUUGUUUCUUCUUCCUUUUCUUGUUGACAUAAAAAAAUGACUGUCAGCGAUUAAAUUCAGCCCUUCUAGAUUAUGUGAUGGCAGAUUGGCAAACUGGGGGCCCUGACUACACCAAGAAGAUGUCACAUUGAGUCUUGAUUUGAAGAUCCAAAAGUCUUGAUAAAGGUCUUAGUCAUUUGUUGUACCUGUUGAAAUCAACUGCUUAUUAAUCAUUGUCAGAACACAGAUAUAUCACAGAGACAGAAGUCUGAAUGGAGGCUGCAAAUUAUGUCAGCAUGGUUGACUGUCGUCUUACGUAUAUGUCAUCUAUCUUUCUGUGCAGGACUGUAAUGAAUACUGUUCUCAUGCUAAAUUUGUUAAAAUAUAGUAAUUAGAUCCUUUAUCAUAUCAUCAUAUCAUUUUUCAAAUUUGACUUUUAGUUAAAACAUGAUGACAUAAUAUUGGUAUUUUUAGGCAAAUUGCCAAAGUUUCUUAGGUUUCAUAAUGGCUCUUACAGCCAGGCUGGUAGAGAUCAGACUUGGAACACAAGCUCACUCAGUAUAUUGAAGUCACAGCUGAUUUUCUCGAGUACUUUGUAAACCUCACGAAUGCAAGAAGAGAACAAGUAGUAAACUGUGCUGCCAACCCCAGGUCAAGCAUGCGAUGUAACAAGGAAUGGAAUAUGGUUGUACUUUACCCUCUUGGAGGUUUUGUCAUAAAACUCAGCUGCUCCUUGAAGGCUUUGCUAUAAUCUGCCUCAGUAUUUGAUAAUGUUUUUAAAAGGGAUAACUGCAGCGUUUUAAUUCUUCUUUAGUAAUUGUGAAGGAAAUUCCUGGAAGUCAUGAGUUUUAUUGUGCUUAAAAUCUUUAUUUUUACUUUUUUCUAAAUUUUCAUACAGACUGAUUUGCCUUUUCUGGAGCUAAGUAAGUGCACAAGAUAUCCACCAAGUCCUGUAUAUACAACAUCUAACAUUUUAACUAUAGGCACGUUGCCUCUAGCAAGAUUCCCUUGUAGAGCCCAUAUGACUAAAACUAAGAGACAGCAAACAGUGACAAGCUUCCUAUUUUGGUUUGGGUGUGAGUCAGUCAGCAAAUUGUCAUCUCCCUCUGGAAGGCUGCAGGGCAGGCGUGAUAAGACUUCUGACGUGGUCGUCUAUUCCAGCCAAAGAACUUAGACAUGGCGAGCUGUUCUCAGGUGUUAACUCUGACUGUAAUGGCCUGGAAAGAUCAAAUGUCCUAAAACACAAACCAGUGAGAUGUCCCAGGUCAUUUCUUUAUGAUACUUUUCCCUCUGGUCCUGUCAAGAUAAACCGCAAUAAAUCAUAAAUAUGAAACAAAGUUUUCAUCAAAUGGGCUGGUGGUUUGAAAAGUAAAGCAUAUAGAAUCAGCUGCAUUUAACAGAACAGACUUGGUAGAAAUAGAGUAUGAUACUAGUAAGUAUGCUUGGAGUUGUUUGUAAUCACCAGAAUAUGAGAGGUUAUUUAUUUAUAGAAAGGGGUCUGCUCCUUGGAAGGCCAAAAUCUGUCACUACCAUGCUGCACAGAGCAAUCAAAUUAGUAAUGUACACAUUGAAGUAUUUAGUGUGUGAUAUAUGUUUUGAUGGUGAAACUUGACAAAUCAUGCUUAUUGUGUAUUACAGGCACAACUAGGGCAAACAUCCCUUCACUGACUGGAGGGGUGAGCAUGCGUGUGUUGGGGUUCAACUGCUGGUCAUAACUGAAUAUUCCCAUUUCCAUAAAAACAGACGUUUCACAACAAAAUUUUAACAGGAAAUAUAGUAACUCAUCCAUGGAGCAACACUAUUACAAAUUUGUGUUACUUGAAUACAAGCGCCGAGCACAGUUGCAAGGGUUUUUACUUCCUGCAAGCUGUUUUUGCUGAUUUAAUGCUGAUGAAAAAGAGAAUAAAGCGACUACAUGUGUGUUAGACCUGAAGAAUACACUGUUCAAGUCUGUGCAGAUUUUUGGGAGAAGAGAAAAAAACAUGAGAUAACUGUCAAGAAAAAUUUAGUUUGAAAAGAAACCUCAAAAGUUUCUUAAAUGUAAUUUUUCAUUUCUGCAUUUAUGUGAAAUCUACUUUAAAACUGGCCACAUGUUCAUAUUUUCUGUAUUUUGACUUUAAUGUCUUUCCUGCCACCAAAGUAAAAACAAACAUGAAGCUGGUGAAUCGUGUCCACCCUCAUGGAGCUCCUAAUCUGUAAGAAAUGUAUGGGUGUGUCACUCAAAGCUAUAGCCAAGUCUGAUAAUGCUGACAGAUACUCACUCAGAAGUUUCCUCCCAGGAAAUUCUGUCAGCAGUGACAGCAGAUUGUUCAGUGGUCUGGUUUUAUUCAAAAAAUAGUUUUAAAAUAGGUUAAAAGUCUUUUAAAUCACUCACAUUAUGAUGAAAGGGGUAGUAUCAACAAUCUCAGAACAUUUAAUAACUCCAAAGUAAUUAAUUUUAGAAGAAAAUGUAGGAGUACAUGAAGUAGAUUAUUGGUUUUGUGAAAUAUUUCAUAUUGUUUGAAUAUGUAAAUGAUCCAAGUUGUUGUAGGUGUUAAAAUGGGGUUAAAAUUUCAUAAUGGGUCAAAGGUUUUUUUUUUUUUUUUGUAUGAGUUUAAAUGUCAAUCUCCAGAAUGAAUGAAUGAAUGAAUGACAGCAGUGUGGUAAUGCAUAAAAACUUAAGCUCCUAAAAUGUCCAGUCUUCAUUAACACCAACAUCCAAAUAUCAGUUUGUAUAGCAAAAUUGAACACAUUCACAGCCUGCUGUCUGGCAUAAAGAAUUAAAAUGCUAAAUUCCUGGUUGUGCACACUGUAGAGGGGGUGUUUUAGUUUGUUUUUUACUCAUCUGUUUUGAACCUGGCUCAGCUCCACCUCUUGCCUUUGACUGGCUUCAAAACCCCUCCUCAGACACCAGUGGGUUAGGGUUAGGGUUAGGGUUAGGGUUAGGGUGAGGUCAUUGAGGAGGCAUUGUCCACGUUUCAUAAAGUCAAACGGUCUAUGGUAAAAGACAAAGUCAUUUUAAUGAAGAGGAAACCAAAGCAGUUGAACCAACCUGAUGUGUUAAAGAAUGACAAUGUUAUUUGAAUGUAUAGUAUAUGCAGUGUAAACUGGGGGUUGUACUUCAUUAACAGCAAUAGUUGCAGUUUUUGUGUAAGAUCUAAAAUGAAUGAAUUAAAUCAGCUCUUUGUUACUCUGGGUCAGUAUUUUGUUGGGUUUCAGAAUUUAAAGACUGAGUGAGCUAUGGAAGGAGAUAUACCAGUGGCUUUUUAGGGGGAAUUUGGAAGUACAGAACUCGGACCUGAGGUCUGUGUUUCUGUUUUAACAUCUUAAACCCUCGUGUUCAGAAAACAGUUGGUUUUUUUUCCCACACAAACAUCAAGGUAAAAAGACAAACUAAACCUGUGUUACUCACAUCUGAUGUGUCACUGUAGGAAAGCAGAUGUUGUUGGUUAGUCAUUCGUUCAAAUUUCUCAGGGUUUUUUGUUGGUUCACUUUGGGAACAGUCUCUUAUUUUCUGAUGUUGUUUUAUUGUGUUUUGGGAAAGAAAACAACAUGUCCACACACGUAAACAGUCUAGCUGUUUGUAUUUCUGUUUUCAGACAGAAUUACUGUAGCUGGUUCACCCUCUCAUCAGAAGCACCUCAUCUCCUGGCCAAAGCUGCACUGUCUGCGGUCAGAUUUAAAUUCCAUACAUUUCUCUACUAAAGAAUUUGCUACAGUAUUCUGUGCACCUCGAACACUCUGUCUCUUUUAGAGCCCAUACAGCCCUGACCACAAACUUUAUCCUCUCUCUGUUGGUGUCUCGUCUGUCUGGGCAGGAACUUGUUGACUCAGCUUUGAUCCCACUUUCAGACAUUCACACACACACACACACACACACACACACACACACACACACACACACACACACACACACACACACACACACACACACACACACACACACACACACACACACACACAGUCGAGCACACAUGCUCAUGCACAGACCAUUAACUUCACACAACUAAAUCUCUGUUAUUGUUAGUAAUAAGCAGAUUUUUCCAAACCCUGUGACAUCUAUCAGAGGGUCUGCACUCUGGUGUGUGUAAGUAUGAAAACAAUGUUGGAAAUACAUCAAACAUCUCUGUUUCUGAUGGUUUCUUAAAUCAGACAGCCCACUGAAGAAACCCAACAGCUUUCUGUCAGUGGCUUUGUCUGGGUAAACAUCACAUCAAGAUAUCCAGCAGCUGAUGACUAUAGUCCAUAUACAUGUGAUUGAGUUAUUUGCUUUUACUACUGAGAUACUGCGUAAAUGAUUGACAUUUGGCUUUGUCUGAGCCAAAUGCAGUGAUUUUCUUUGACAGUUACCUUUAUCUAAUAUUCACAAAAAAGGUUAUUUCUCUUGCAGAAGUCUUAAUAUAGCAGAAAUUUCAUAUCAAUUCAAUACUUCAAUGGCAAUUUAUACCUCAUUUCAUUCCACUGACUUAUCCUCCAUUGCAUAAUUCGCACUCAGCACCUACUGCAUCACUUGUGCACUUUGUAAAUACUUCUCUUAUACUUUCAUACUUCUAAUAUAUUCUUGUAUCCAUGUUUGAUUGUAUUCCUCUCAGUACUUAUUGUGUGUUUUAUCUGUAUUCUUUUGAGUCGAGAGUUCCUCUCAUCUAGGGCAUUUCAUUGCAUUGUUGACCUUGUUUAACCUGCAUAUGACAAAUAAACAAAUCUUAAUACAACAUUUUGCCUCUGAGACCAACCAAUAUAAUUUGCAGAGUUUAAGACUAAAUUAAUUUGGAGUUAUCUAAGGAUAAGGUCCAAAAAAAUUAAAAAUGUUGCAGGUUAGAGGUAAAGUACUUAAAGAGAGGAAUUUGAUGUUAAGGAAAAAUAUUUCAUGAGGAUCUGUGUUUUUCUUAGAGCUCUUUGGCAAAGACUCAUGUGAAAAUGACAAUUUAUCUCUAGUAGGCAGUAACUCAAUCCAUUCUGUGUGAUGUUAUGAACCAACUUUACACCAUGACUUGGGGGACUUCUUGAGUCCUUGGCUCCCUAAAAACAUGAUUGAGAUUGAGUUCUUGGACAUCAGAACUUUUGCUGCCCUUUAUUCAAACACAACUGAGAUUUCUGCAACUCAAGUCCGUCAAGGUCUUUUGUCAUUAGUGUGUGUACGUGUCUGUCUCUCUUUUUCAAAGCACACGUCUCAGUGUUACAACUGUCAUUUGGAGAUCUAUUUUAUUUAUUUAUUUAUUUUCUGGCAUUCAACAUCUCUCAGCACUGCUCUUGUAGGUGCAUUGUUUCAUAUUUUGCAAGCAGAACAGCCUCCAACAUUUUUCCAAGGAUAUAGUUUUUUUUUGUUUUUUUUUUCACCAAAGAUGCCAAUAUUUUUUUGGAGUAUAAUUACCUUUACAGAUAAAUUAAAUGUUUUUUUCCCCCUGUUGUAAUACGUCUUCUAGGGAUGGGUGAUAAAUAAUUGUCACGAUAUAUAAUCAGAAAAAUCCUCCAUGAUAAAUAUUUGCCAUCUCAUGAUAAGUAUGAUAAAUGGAAGUUGAUGAUGUAAGUGCGAGCGACGAACUAACAGCCAUAGCCCACACAGAGCAGAAUAACAAACAAACAUGGCUGAAGGUAAUGAAGAAGACGUUUCUGAGCAGCUCGUUACUGAACAAGGGGUUUCCUUCAAGAUUGAGGUUUAGAUGGCGCAAUCAGGUAUGCCUGACAUUGGACAGUGGAUCUGCUGCUGCUGUUCACUCUGUGCAAUAAGAGUUUUCAACAAAUGAGACUUGUUUGAUGUCGUUAGUUUUCUCCAUAACCUACCACUUAAAGUUGUGGUUAAGUAUUUCUUUGACUACUCCAACUAGUGUUCUCAAGACAAAAUGAGUCAAAAAUAUAGAUUGGAAUUGUAACAGUUUUUAUCCGGACUUUUAUCGUUAUCGCCAAAACGGCAAAUCUUGUCAUGAUAAAUUUUUUUAGCCCAUAUCUCCCAUCCCUAAUGCCUACAUACCUACCUACCUGCCUAACUACUAAACUUUUGCAGCAAUGCAAUGUAUGUUUAACCAGUCAGAGUUUUUACCUUUUUCUUUCCUAAUCAUAUCUGUUUUUAGGUGUGGCAUCACUCACCCAUGACACCAAACUGAUUUCUGUAUCCAAAUGCUGUAUUGUUUGCCAGUAAACGCUUGCUUUCCUCUGCUGUGUGGGUCUACUUGUGAAUGAGUAGCAAAUACAUUAUCAAAACACAUGCUUAUCAUGUGAACAUGCAGCAUGCAGCACAUCAGCUCAGCCACGCAGACCUUCAUCCAACAUUGUACAGGAUGAAACCUGCAUAAAACGGAUUUAUGUUCUGUGUGAGAAAUUCCUGAAGUUUGUCCACAGCUCCAUAAGCUUUGCGGGAUUUAUGACCUAUACUGCAGCUAGUGCUGGGCGAUAGGACGAUAGAUAUCGUGGGCACGAUAGAAAAUGUCUAUCGUGCCAUUUCUAUUUUUAUCGUUUCGGGCGAUGGGCUGUAUUUUAUCCAUAGGGCUUGUGCCAUCAGAUGAUUCAUAGUAACAACAACAAUAAUUGCACAUUCAGUAAGUGUAUUUGGUGUCAAACGGGAAAGAAAACAAUAUUUUCUUACAAAGAAAAGGAUGCGUUGACAUGUAGGCUCACAUUUCUCUUUCGAUUUUGCGACAUGACGCCGCUUUACAUGCCCUCUUCGUGUCCAGCGUCUCCCGCCGUUGCGGGUUACCUGGGUUACACACGUGAGGGGAUCAUUGUAAGCAGUGCUUAAUUUGUGCCAGAGCAAGUCGGAGCGCGCUCCGGGACCUCUUUUGAUCGGAUCCGGGACCUAUUUCAGCCGCCCCGGCACCUGUUUCAUCUGCUCCGGGACCUUCCCUGUAGAGGAUGACGUUUUUCGGGAAUUCCCGUGGGUCACGUGAUUCCCGCGGGAAUCCCACGGGAUGGGAGUCAUUUUUUAAUUAAUUCCUUGAUCGGGACGGGACGGGGAAAAAAGCAACGGGAGUGGGCAGGAGCGGGAACAACAUUAAUAGGUGAUCAUUUUCAGCCGUGUUAAACGACCAGAUGAACAGGUGCGUCCAUUUUUGUAGUCAUCUCUCAGUGAGAGCCAACACUCUUGACCGCGCUAGCAACACAAAAGAACUACAACAGUGGUUUGACUUCCUGUCAGCUGGGAGCGCGGCUGCGCAUUUCUACCCUUCGAACCAGGAGCGAGGAAACGUAAUUUUGUGACAUUCUGUAGUUUUUCAAUCAUUUCUGGAGUCGUGGCGAAUCAAAUCACCUUACCCGUCUGCCCCUGAUAGGCGAAUAAAGCGCUCGGAUUCAUGCUCGGGUCCUGCUACGUGCUUCAAGAGUAAAGCAACCAAUGAUGGAGGCAGAGAGCAGCUUUGGAGGAGAAACAUCCAGCAGUGUGAACAACCUCUUCAAAAGAGCCCUAAAGACCUACCUUUUUAAUAAAGCUUUUGGUUAGUUUUCCUCUAUGCUUUAUGCUUUUACUACCUUGCCUCUUACAUUGCAACUCUAUAUUCUUUAUUUUUUUAAAUUCUUUUUUAUGCCAAUCUGUGACUGUCAUUCUAUUGCUUUUUUAUUGUUGCUGCUCUUUUUUUACUGUGUACUGUAGCACUUUGAGAUUUUUUGUAAAUGUAAAGUGCAUUACAAAUUAAAUUUAUUAUUAGUAUUAUUAUUAUUAUUAUGGAGUGCUUUGGCUCACACUAUCGGCGUUUUCUGUGAGUGUUGCAUAACUUUAGGUGAGCACAGACAUGAACGCACUUCAGCCACGUAUUUAUUUAUUCAUUUUUCUAGUUUUAAGUGCUGGUCUUGUACUGGUACUGUACUAGGGCAGCUGUAUACACUUUAAUUUUUCAUAGAACUGAAAGCAUACCAUAGCUAUAUCGUGAUAAAUAUCGUUAUCGUGAUAUAAAAUGAUCCAUAUCGUGAUAUACAUUUUUUUCCAUAUCGCCCAGCACUAACUGCAGCCCAUCAACAGAGGGUGCUGUUCUCGGAGUGGCUUCACCCAGAGAGGAGGCAGACCCUGUCCAUUCUUUUUACAGUCUAUGGUCCUUACACACCGGGAACGACGCAAAUAUACAACGCAAAAUUACGAAAUAUUCGGAGGCGAAUUUUGACGUGCCUGACUAUACACAUAAAGCGCGAUGUGAUUUUGCGACUUUCUGGAGGGAAAAAAGGCACAUCCCUGGUGGAAGCAAGAAGACUGACACAACAGCAGACUGACUAUUUUUCAGUUCUGAUUAGACACUAGUUUUGAGAUGGCUGUCUGUCAUGAUAGCAUGUACUGAGUCGGGGCCAGUACCAGAUAAGCACAUUAAAUUAUAAUCCAUAAACGUAAGGUAACAACGGAGACCUAAUGGUGCUGUGACAGUAACGCAAUUGAGUUUGAGACAGUGAAAAUACAUAUGGUAUGUUGCAUCUGAACAGGUUAGCUUAGGAGCUAAAGUUACUUAGCACAGAUGAAAGUUAAAACAAAGACGUUUAGCAAACUGUUAAAGCACACAAACUAUACAAACACUUGUAUUGACAGGAUACGGGUUUUAAAAAAAAAUAUUGACAUCCGAAAUAAUCACACAAAAAAAAACGCUCACGGAGUGAAAGGACCUUUCAGCUGCUAACUCCACUACACUCUGUGAUCGACUCGUCAGGGCUCCCUCACAAACAAGCAGCUGCUGGAGAAGAGUGGUUGAGUUGUAUUUGGUCUCUUUGCUGAAGAAACUGGGCAAAGCAAAAAAAAGUGUGAUAGCUAGUACUAUGGCUGGGACCCUCUAUGUACUGUUGAUGAAGUCAGGUGCUGUUCUGAGCAUUAUUUGUGGCUAUGGAGUGACUUUUUGGUUGAGGUUUGCGUGUGGAGAUGUAGACCGCUGUGUAUUGCUAUUGUGCGGUAUAGCAAUACACAGAAGUAUAGUAUAACUAGAGAAGCAAGCAGUCGGCAAGAUUAAUCUCUCGCGGGGUUGUCUAACUGGUUGUUAUGAUCUCUUUGACCCUAACUUAAUUUUACGCUUGACUAUAUCCCUCUAAUGCUAACUUGUUUGUAGUUUGAACAAAUUAAUGAUAAGUUAAUGAUUGAUUAAUUAAUUACAGUGUUAUGCUUUGGAUAAAUUUUACUGUGCCUAAUUCUUCCUUACCACAUGAAUAUUAGUAAAACAUCAUGCAAUUUUAGACUGUGGUCUGUUGAAAAUUGUAACCAGCACAACAGACCACAGUGGAAAUAUGAUAUGUAGUGACAGCCUGUAUCCAGACAAAGUUUUACACAGAGGUAUGACAUCAUCACUGGAUAGUCAUCUAGUCAAGACUCCUUGGUCAGUCUGUAACCCAUGUGGACCCAAAGUUAAGUUAGUAUUGCUCGUGCCAGAGAGAUAUUAAUGCUGCCCAUGCUGACACAGACUGGUGAGGAGCAGGAAUGGUUGUACUAUAGCUGCGGCUUGUUGCAUGUGCAGCUGUUCAACACUGACGCAGCUCAAUGUUGGCUGUGACCCUCCCUCUGAGAGUGAUCAUGUAAAACAGAUAUAUGAUACUUGAUAUAACUGUAUGUGAUAAAUUGCAGACAUUUAGUGAUUGGUGUCAAAGAGGAGAGGAGGGCUGGGUGAGGGGUACACUGAGAGUGAAACAGCUUUUUCAGGGUUCAAGUAAGGUAGGAAACACUAAAACCACGACUAGCUGUAAAGACUAUGUUGAGGUGUACAUGAAUACUGCAUAUGUAUUUAGUGGUACUAUGGAAAUACAUGAAUCAAUACUGGUUUCUGCACAUUUUUUGCAGAUCUUGAUUGUAAACAUCCACAAUGAUCUGCUGAUACUGGAAAACCCCCACACCCACCCACAAGUUAAAAAGAAAGGACACAAAGUUAACCACUUCCUGUACCAAGACUCCCUGAAGGCACCCUGCCAGAUUUGAUUAUAUAUAGUCCAGCAUCAUGUUGGGAUCUUUCCCAUCUGGAGCUUUGUUUACAUCAGUGUAUUUUUCUUUCUUAAGUAUGUCAUAUCUGACCAUCUGAGCCACACAGAAGUAGGACAAUUGCUCUCUGACCAGAUAUUUGAGGUUAUUUUCAAACAAACUCCUCAAAUGUCCUUGUGUCCAGCUUAUUCUGUCCCAUGGUUUUCCUGUGCGAAGGAAACAUAGAUGAGGGGGAAUUAGCGUUUAUUUGGCCGUGGCAGUCUAAAGUUACGGGGUGCACUCCAUCAGUGAUUAAUCCCAUCAAAACUCCAAUCCCAACAUUCUUCAAAUAUGCCCGUUCAAAGGCCGCACCAUUCCAGGAAACAAAGACUUUAGCUUCAAGUCAUUUUAAUCUGGCCAAACAAUGAAACGGCAUGAAAGGUCUAAGGGUUAUAUGUUUAUGUGUGCAAGUGCGAGAGAGAAUUUUUGAGUAUGUACAGAGGGGUUAAAAGUAAUUGAGAAGCUUCUGUCGGCUGCCAAACUGUUGAGUUGCAGUGAUCUGAGACCCCCUUCGGGCCACUCAGAGUCUCAAAGGAAAGUGUGUGUGUGUGUGUGUGUGUGUGUGUGUGUGUGUGUGUGUGUGUGUGUGUGUGUGUGUGUGUGUGUGUGUGUGUGUGUGUGUGUGUGUGUGUGUGUUAUGGUGACCAGAGUGUGUGCGGAUGCAAUAAGAGAGGUGUUCUGGAACAAUCUAAAGAGCCAGGUGUUGUCCUUAAGAACCACAAUGUCCAUGCCCUGACACACAUAUAGUUUGCAAACAUACAGAGUACAUCCAGGUUUGAUUUGACUGUGUGUGUUCUUAUCUGACACAUGGUGCUUGCAUAGACCUCUAAGGAAAUGGUAUCCUUGCCCCAGCUCCUUCAGAACUCUACUUAAGACAAUGCCUGAAGGCUUCCAGUGAAACUGAAAGAGAGAGCUCCACAGUGGAGAUAACACAGUGUCAAGAAAAGUUUGGUGUAUAAAAUAUUUUAAUGAUGACAGAAUGAAUGAAUAAAUGAAUAGUUGGCGUUUUAUAAUUUUCAUGAGAAAAAUAAAUGACCUGUUUAGUGUUCAUUCAGACUAUAAGUUCCUUAGGAGGUGUGCUCUGGCUGUUGUACAGUUUUGCUGCUGCUUCUUCUGGAUGAUUUUGACAUCACUACAAUAUACAUCCACUGCAGCAGGCAUUAAUGCUGUAUGUAAAUGCUCUGCAGUCCCAUUAGUUCAGAGGUCCUGUCAUUUGUCCGAAACUUUAAAAAGCUUUGAGAUUGAUGUGAAUACACUGAUUUAAAAAAUGUGUUAAAUCCUGUGUUUGCUGGGGUGUCUGUUGUGUAGAUGUUAAGAGUGUUAAAGUUUCUUCCUUAACUUUAAAACUCUUACUAAUGUACCCUGCCUCCCAUCUUGCUCACGUGUUGCCAGUUACUUCUUUGAAAUCCGCAUCAACUGUCAGUGUGUUGAGUUUCUAUAGGCUUACAGAUUGUGGAGGUGGCGGUGAUCCAAAAUGAAGUCUUUGCUGUUUGAAAGGUGGCUCCUCCUUGGCCUGCUGAGCUACUUUAAGCUGGACCUGGGUCACAGGUGUUUGCAGCACUGGGCUACAACUAAACAGCUUGGCUGGUUGUUUGGGUUUGGCAGUGGACAAAGUUUUCCUACUUCCACAUUAACAAAUCAACACAGUUUCAAGGCACACUGUUUCUGGAGCGUUCCUCCAUUGUCCCAGUCUUUAGUUCCACUUGUCCUAACCUUUUUGAAAAGUGUUGCAGGCAUCAAAAUUAAAUUAGUGAAUAUUUACCAAAAAAAAAACAAAAAAAAAACAACAACAACAUGGAAUUGAUUCUGAUCUGUGACUAGUAUUAGCGAACCACUUUCUUUUAUUACAGAGUCAGAGUUGACCCAGAACUGUAGACAGGAUAAGUUGAGGCAAUACUGGAGGAUUAAGGGGCAAUAUUUUCCCAAAAGCUCAACAUAUAUAAACUGAUCAUAGGGCUGCACGAUUAAUCGAUUUUAAAUCGUAAUCGGAUUAUUCAAUUAUGACAACGUUAUAAAAACUAAAAUCGUCAAAUCGAUUUUCCUCUCUAUCAUGUCUCGCGCCUACAGGCCACUGUAGACUCCCCCUUCCUGUGAGAGCGCUCCCCAGUUCCCACACACACCAGUGUAAACAAACAUGACGUUUGCAAAGGAAGGCGAUAAUUUUGUAGCUUAAUAGGACAAGAGCAAAUCAGUUGUGUGGAACUGAUACGGCUUUGCAGUUUUGGAUGAAGAGCAAACCACUCCCUGCUGCAAAGUCUGUCUGAAAGCAGUAUCAACCCAUCCACACGGAAACAAAUUCAGGAGUAACAAAAAGUUUUUUGUCGUAUCGGCAUUUCAUCCACACGGAAAUGGCAUUUCGGGUGACUGCAAACGGUACUUAUUGAAAAUGGGUCAGAGAGUGCAUAAAUCUGUAAACAACGACCCAUUUCAUCUCUGUGUGGAUGCCUAUCUGUAUCUCUGGAAACAAUUAUGUGACACACAGCGUAACUCUUUUAUGGCGCCUGUACGUGUCCAUCCAAAACAAUCUUUAUACGCAUGCUCUGUACUCUUCUUCUGUCUUUUGUGCAUUUCUGCGGCAGCGUUACAGUGCCACUUGCUGGCUUGGCAUAAGUGCUACAUAAUUUUCAGUGGUUUUCUGUGGAGUUUUUAGAGAAAAAAAUUGGGAUUUUAUUUUUGUUCAAAAUCGUGAAGCCCUAACUGAUCAUCAUCUGCAAAUGUAAAAUGUCUGCUUUAACAAAGGUGUUUCAGCUGUGCAGCAACAGGUUCUUCAUAUUACCCAUGAGAAGAUUACCUCCUUUUUGUGGCAUCUCUUUCACCAGGUUGCUGCUUGCAUGUGAAUUGGCUGUGCAAGAUUCUCCCAUGGCUGCUCAGCAGAACUUCUCAAAGUGUGCACUCAGUCAUAAUCCUAUCAGGCAUUCAGCAGAGCUCGAGGAGGAAAAUACCUUUGUUGUGGAGAAAAAAUGCAGCUUAAUUGGUGACUAUUUGAACCUUGCAGGCUUGUUGUUGUUCUAUUUCUUGACAGUGAGUUAAAUCUGAAAGGCAGUGUGUGUGUGUUUUUUUGUGUGUGCCUCAUUCAGAAUAAUGUACUCUGACACUCUGGCUAUAUGAGGCAGCACCAUGGUCUCUUCAGUUUAUGUACAGAAACAACUUCCAGGAUUAAUACAGUUCUGUCAGAUGUAAUCUUGUGUCGAACAUUUUUAUUGGUGUUAAGGCGGUUGAGAGAUUUGAUGCUCACCAUAGUGUGCAUUUACAUUCAGACUAAGUCAUGUUUAAGAACUUUCUACAGUGGAAACCAUAGCGAAUGUGAAAGAUGAUCCAACUUUGAACCAUUUCAUCUAAGUUUCAACUCCUUUGUUUACAAUAGUCCCCUCAGGAUACAUAGUUUACUGUAAAUUUGUAAAUGGGAUGGGAAUAAAUGGCGUACAAUAUGUUGCAAUUUUCUCUGUCAGCCCAAUAAUCGACAGGAUUGUUGUACCUCUGUCUCACAAUCAUUUGUGUUUGUUUCUUACAGGGCAAAGUAAACAUGGCAGCCCCCACCUCAAAUUAGAAGCCCAGUCUUGACAGCGUGGACAAAGUGAACAGGAAAAGGAAGCAGGAGGGGGAAAAAAAGAGGGAGUGUUACAAGAGACUGGACACUGUUUACCAUCAAAGGACAUGGGUGAGACGGAGGAUGAGCGCACAGCACAGGCCAGUGGGCUCUUUGAAAACUUUGUCCAGGCGUCCACCUGUAAAGGGACUCUGCAGGCCUUUAGCAUCCUCUGCAGGCAGCUGGAACUGGAUCCUCUGGACUACAGUAACUUCUACAGCUCACUGAAAGCUGCAGUCAGCAGCUGGAAGGUCAAAGCCUUGUGGACCAAACUGGACAAGAGGGCUCAGCACAAGGUCUACAACCAAAAUAAAGCAUGCAAAGACACCAGGGUAAGAAAGACCAUCUGUUGGCUGUGUGUACAGGGAGUUCAUGCAAAUACCAGAUCACAUGCUCUUUCAGUCUAGUUACAUUCCAGUGUAUAUUGAAAUAUAUCAGCAUACCCUGAAAAUACGAAGUGGUGUAGGAAUACUGCACUGAUGGACGUCAUGUAGUUUGUUUGUUUGCUUUGGCUACGUUACUGAACAGCGUUCAUUAGAGCUAACAAGGGUUCUUAUUUACCUCUAAUUUUCAGCUUUGCAUUUUCCAUCAUCCAGUAGAUUUCAAGCCAGAUGGUUGAUGAUGCAAAUUUGCAUUUCAAAGUUCAGGGUGUUGAAUUUACCUCAUUAAUCGGUUUGGAUUUACUACAUCCCUCACAAGUGAGUGCACUUGUUGCAGGGUUUCCAUCCUGGGAAUGAAUUUGCCCCAAGAUGACUCAGUUGAUUUAACUGCUGGUGCUGUCUCUUUUAUUGUUUCUCUUUCUACUCUUUAUCCUAAGAUUUAAAAAAAAAGACUUUCCAAGACAAUACGUUUCAUGGCCGCAAAGUGAAGCUUCUUGUAGGUUCUUUACUAAACAAAGCAAGAUUGGCAUGAACCUUAUGCAGACUUGUAGUGAAGCUUUCUGUACACGCUUGAUAAGGACUAUAUCUAAAAACAUGAAGUGGAAAACAGGAGCAAAACUGAGCCCAAAGCCACAUGGAUUCAGUCACAUGCUUCACAUGUUCUGAGAGCUGGGCAGAAAGAUUACUAUCUCGAUGCAGCUUCAGUGUGUCUAAAGAGGAUGAAAUUGUUCACAUGGAAAACAGUCUUAUGAAGCACCGCUUACUGUGUUUGGAAUGAGAGAAAAAUGAGCUGAUCAGAGCUAAAAGCUUUGGGUGAUGUUUGAGGUGAAGGUUGUGUAAAAUGCUAUUUAUUCACUCCAGUAUGCAUUAUGGUAUUUGAUAUUUCUUUUCAGUCGACAGUCUCUUUUGCUGGUAUCUGUAGAGAUUAAUAUGUGAAUGUUUUAAAAAGGAUUUUAGACCAAAGCUAAAGGACUGUCUUUGUUAUACACUAAAUAAGCACCUUUUCCAGAGUGGAUCUCAUAGAGAAAGGACAAAAACAGCAGCUGUAGGAUUGUCAGAGUACCCAGUGUGACUCAAACAGACGCCCUCUGACCAUGCACGUAUGUCUUAGUAUAAUGAGCCUAGCCGAGUGUCGAAAUACUCUCAAGUUGGAAGGAAAUGAUAAGAUGUCCAGAGGGGAAAGAGGCCCAGGACUUGCAGGGGGAAGAUUAACAAAGAUGGGCUGGGCUGAGGGCCGGCCAGAAAUAAUAACUAAAGUAUCAGCUCCCACAUUUUUUAGGAAGAAAACUGCUGUAUGGAGAAAAAAAAGUCUGGCACUGGAGCUAAGUGUUAGCUCUGUUAUCUGGAGCUCUGUAUCCACAGUUUCAGUCUUUGAGUUUUCAUGCUUUGUUGGACAGUGCACGAAAUCAUUCUCCUAACAUUGAUGAAGCAAACUCACAGGCUUUGCUAAUUGAUGCUCUGAGUCCAGAAACAAUGAUACCAUCAGCAGCAUUCACUUGAUUAUAACUCCGAUGUGAUGUCUCUCAAAAUUGAAAUGAAUUGCCAGCAACCAAAAUUAUAAUACUGUUGAACAACAAAAGUAUAAAUCCCUUUAAAAGCCUUUGAUAUCAAAAAUUAAAAUAUACAAGAUACAUGGGGAAACAAUGUUAGUUUAUACAUAAAUUACAAUUAUCUCAAGUAGUAUUUUUUUUUUUUUAAAUCUUAUUGGUCAUUAGAAUAAGGCAACAUUGUUAGCAACAGUUCAUAGCAGUGUAUUCCACCCAUAGACUGUAUAUAGAAUGGAAGCUGGGUGAAGCCAUCAUGAGUACAGCACCCUCUGGUGACGGGCUGCAGUAUUGGUCAUAAAUUCGCCUCCUCCAGCAAUCCCUAUGGAGCUGUGGACAAACUUUAGAAAUUAAUUACACAAAUUAUACAUUUUUCUCCCCCCUGCUUGCGAUGUUGACAUGUAGUUAUUGUAAGACUAGUUUGUGCUCAAGUCCUCUUUUUUAUGUGCAGCUCCAUUUUUUAAAAGUUAUUAGGCUCUAAUGUUUUCUAUGAUAGACACUUGAUACAGCCUAUGGGCGUACAAAGAUUGAGUAGCUCACCCAGGGGAUAUGCUGUCUGAGCCGAGUGUCAUCAGAGUGACUUUUGGUGACUGUCCUGUGGAAUGCGUACAACAUUACUGCGCAAGUGGAGGUUCCAGGAGGUGAAGAAAAUCCCGGAAAUACUGAGAGCAAUUCGGCUUCAAAUUCGUAUAAUGACAGAAGGUGGAGCCAAGUUGUCCAUAUUAUAUACAGUCUGUGAUUCCACCUCAUUCUGCUUUUUUCCUACCUUUUCCUCAGUGUCUGAUCAUCGGCGGGGGUCCAUGUGGUCUAAGGACAGCCAUCGAGCUGGCCCUGUUGGGUUGUAAAGUGGUUGUAAUUGAGAAGAGAGAUAGCUUCUCCAGGAACAAUGUGCUUCAUCUAUGGCCCUUCACUAUCCACGACCUCAGGGGCCUCGGAGCCAAAAAGUUCUAUGGAAAGUUCUGCGCCGGCUCCAUCGACCACAUCAGUGAGUGAAAAUCUGUGUUGUUGAAAAUUUGAAAAUUGUUUAAAAAAAAAAAAAGUACAGUUGCUACAGUGUAGUUUUAAAACUUACUGAUUUGAACUGUAGUUAGUUCCUCACAAAACUGAAUAACAUUUGUUAAAGUUUGUAUGAACGGUAUAGCGCAGGGUUUCAGUAAAUUUACACAACUUUAAAAGAUACCAUGAACAAAAGGAGUUUUAGGAACAUGUAAAAGCAAAAACAGUGGAUGGCUGCCAGUCUUGCAAACUCUCACAGUGUUUUGCCGCUCUUCACUGACCUGAUAAUGUGUUUUGGGUUUGUUUGUUUUGGACUGUACUGUGUUGGCCACAUAAUAGGGCUGGAUGAUUAUGGCAAAAAUAAUAAUCAUGAUUAUUUUGACUGAUAUUGAAAUCACGAUUGAUAAACAUGAUUAUUCAUUGAUUUAAAAACUUGAGUAUUUAUUGAACCACCAAAGCUUAACUUUAAAUAUAACUUAAAAGAACAGCCAGAAAUAAACUUGUAAUUACUAAACAAGUAAAAAAAAAUAAUUAAUAAGCUCCGUGAUCUCCGGCGAUAACUUGCAAAUGCUAAUACUCGGCAUGCGUGCUCUGUGGUGCAGCACCCAUGUGCGCACACAUAUACUGAUACAUAUGAGCCUGAGUUAGAGUCACUUAAAUUAAAAAAUUAAAAAAGCCCUAAUUUUUAAGGUGCGGCGGCUUUUGUUUUUCAGUAGCGGUGACGAUCAAUUGCAUAUAGGGGAACCCUGAAGUUGGUUGUGUUGCCUAGGGGAGCAGACACGACAGCGUGACAGACUUUGCGAACAAUUUCCUUUUAAUGGACAUCUGUCAAAUUGAAGCCAAAAUGUUUCUGAAGUUGUUCUACCUUUCUUCUCAACCAAAGGCUGCCCUAGUGCCAUGUUUUCAAUUGCUCUCUCCUCACAUUGGUGAUCCACACACAUCACACGCUUGCUGCAGCUGCACGUAACAGGGGUGCAUUUAAAGUGUUUUUCCAGCACAGUACAUCCACUCCGCGCCGUGCGGCGCAUUAUUCAUUUCUCUUUGAUUACAAUGUUUUUAAGAUCAUGAGAAGCUAAAAUCGAAAUCAUGAUGUCCUGAAGUAUAACUAAACAAAGGUUAAUUUCUCUAAUGCCCUGUUCUUCCACCAGGAUGGUGAAUUAAUCUAACAAUAAACACAGGAGUACUCAGAGCAGCAUGUGCCUCAAAGUUUGAUUUCCUGUCUAACUAAAUAUGCACAGUUUAUUACACAUCCUCUCUGUCGUUAAAAUUAACCUUGACCUCAUUUUGAAGUGACAACCGCCUGUAUUUAUAGCUUUAUGGCUGAUAAGAUCCCACUAGGUUAUCUGUGGUACAGUUCGUUGCUGGAAGUAACUACGGAGCACUGAAUAUAACCACAAGUAAGGUCAUAUAUAACUGCCUUUGAGUUAAAAUAUGCCUAUUUAAGACAGCUUAAGUCAGCCCUACUUUCAAACCAAUAUGUGCCUAUCUACACUUAAAUGUUUGAAUAUAAUGACAAUAUCUGUGUGUGUGUGUGUGUGUGUGUGUGUGUGUGUGUGUGUGUGUGUGUGUGUGUGUGUGUGUGUGUGUGUGUUUGUUUGUUUGUUUGUGUGUCCACAUCAGGCAUCCGCCAGCUCCAGCUGAUGCUGCUGAAAGUGAGUCUGAUUCUGGGAGUGGAGAUUCACGUCAAUGUGGAGUUUGUUCAACUUGUUGAACCACCAGCAGAACAGACGGACAAAAGUAGGUCUGCACAUGUGCUGCGAGUGGCAGUGACACACAGCGGCAACUUUGCACUUCCUUGCCCCGAAUUGAAAGAUCUCUACUCAAAUAUAGACAUGUGUUUAAGUGAUCACUCUGUGUCCAUGAGAGGACAUGUUUGAGCACUGGGUUGUAAUAGCAUGUCUAUUCAUAGAGACUGCUGAUAGUUGCAUAUUUGUUGUACUUUCAAUUUAUUUCCCAAAAUAUGCCAAAUGUCCUAGAUAUGCAAUGUGGAGACUUAGCCACUUUUGAAAUCCAGGGAACAUGACACAGUAAUAAGUGGACUUUGAGGACAUAUAAUCCUACUGUAAGCAAGUGUUUGACAGUUGAGAAACAAAAUAAACAUCACACUUAAACCAGUACCUCAGAAUAAUGUGUGAGUGAAAUUUUGUGAUGUGUGGGCAUCUAUUAUCAUGUCCUCUGGUCAUCUGUCUUGCCUUCUCUCUGUCUUUAAAUCUCAUGGUUGCUAUGGUACAAGAUAAUCCAUUUAAAGUGUCUUAACCUAUUUUGAUAUGUUCCUUUUAAGGUCCUGGUUGGAGAGCAGAGGUCCAUCCCUGCAGCCAUCCUGUUUCAGACUUUGAUUUUGAUGUUGUAAUUGGAGCUGACGGGCGGAAAGGCACGUUAGAUGGUAAGAAGUCAAGAAAAACAAACAGAUCUCAAUGCUGGGAGUUGUACUGCAUGGUGAAAUGUGGCUUAUAAAAGAAGAAGGUUUGCAUAUUUGUACAAUAAACGUUCGCUGUUGUCAAAUUUCUUUUUUCUGGAAAGGAGGUGAAGUGUAGUGAAGCUGCUUUGAGUCCACGGCUGAAGCAUUUCCUGUUGACAUAGUUUUAAGUUGAGGCUUAAUAGUGUGUCUGGGGUCAGCUGCGAGUGUCGUGUGUGUGUGUGUGUGUGUGUGUGUGUGUGCGUGCCUGCGUGCGUGCGUGUGUGUGUGCUGGUUCAUAAGCUAUUUGAGAACUGUGUGAGCUAGUUCAGAGUAAAUCUGUGCAAACAUAACUAUGUUUUCUGUUUAGAUGGUUGAAUUAAAAUUAAAGUUUGCAACUUUCUUCAGUCGUUCCUUUGUUUGAGUAAUUUUUUAACUUUUUUUUUUGCUUCAUAGGUUUUAGUCGCAAAGAGUUUCGAGGGAAGUUGGCCAUCGCCAUCACGGCUAACUUUGUCAACAGGAACACCACAGCAGAAGCCAAAGUGGAGGAAAUCAGUGGUGUGGCCUUCAUCUUUAACCAGAAGUUCUUUCUGGAGCUGAAGGAGGAGACAGGUCCGCCAACAAAAAGAGUGCAUGACCUCUUUUUUUCUGUUUGAGAUGUACACAGUGCAAGGCUGUCUUGUUUACUUGUCCUACUUAAAUGCUUCUUCUUCUGGCAGCACGAUAAUUACACCUUGUUAAAGUGGUUUGCUCAUUAUUUCAGGAAUCGACUUGGAAAACAUCGUUUACUACAAAGAUAACACACACUACUUUGUCAUGACGGCAAAGAAGCAGAGUCUGCUGGAGAAAAAGGUCAUCAUUAAUGUGAGUUCACACACACACACACACAUGCACACACACACACACGCACACACACGCACACACAUGCACACACACACACACACACACACACACACACACACACACACACAUGCACACACAUGCACACACACACACACACGGAGACACAUGUAACAAGUUUGGCAUUAAAAAAAGACUAGGCCUGGUAUAGUUUAAGUAAUCACACUGUAUGAAGAGUAUACAGCUGAGGACAUCGCUCAGGUCUGUGGAGCACAAGAUAUUAGAUCAGUGAAAUAAAACCUCAAACAUGGAUUAAAAAAACGAAAAGAAAAUUAGAAAAACAAACAACUGAUUUUUUUAGAUAUGGCUCUACUGUACAAAAGGCUAUCAAUACUCCAGCAGUCUGUCUAUCCCUCCUCUGUAUUAUAUAGAAGUUGAGCCAGACUUUUUUGACUGUAGUGGCCAGGUGUGGUGCACAUUAGGCGAUUAACUUAAACCUCGGGCAUUAUUUUCAAUAAUCACCUCUACUUUAACUGCUACUAAACAGAUCUAUCCUUAAAUAUAUACCAUUUGACUUUAGGGGUUAAAUCAACAGAGCAGCAACAUUUCGGUCUGCUGGACUUCACUUAUUAAACAAGGUGUGAGUCACCAUUUUAAGCAUUAUAUCAUUCAUCACUAACGAAAGAAAAGCAAAGAACCAAUCAAAGAAUAGUUUUUUGCUUUUUUUUGUGAGUGUGUGUGUGUGUGUGUGUGUGUGCGUGUGUGUGUGUGUGUGUGUGUCUCUCUCUCUCUUUCUCUCUUGUUCUGUCUCGCCCUCUCUAAAACACACACACAAACACACACACAGGUGCUGAAACCCUGCCUUGCUGUGCCCUCUGUGGUCUCCAGCUCAUCUUACAUUGCCUUACAGUGCAGAGUGAUUGCAACACUGUGUCAGCUGUGUGUGAGCAUGCUCAGAGGAACCAUGCCUCAGCGGCCUCCUCACCACUCACAAUAACUUGUGAAUUAAAAAACAAAACGGGCCUUUUGUUGUAACGAUUUCAACCUUCUGAAUUAGUCCCAAAUGUGUUUCUUUAUUACUGUGCUGAUUCUGAGGACAUUUUAUGAUGAUAGAGACACGUGUUGAUAAUGACUCACACUUCCUGAGUAAACAAUGAUAAAGUUAUUUCCUCUGUGACUCAAAGGGAAAUGGUUGUUUGGGGAUGUUUAGACUGGUUCUGUUCGUUGUGUCCUUGGGGAAGACACUUAACCCACCUUGCUCCCAGUGUGUCCUCCACUGGUGUAUGAUUGUGAGUGUUGUGUGGUGGUGGUCAGAGAGACCGUAGGCGCAAAAUGGCAGCCACGUUUCCAUCAGUCUGUCCCAGGGCAGCUGUGACUUCUAAGGUAGUUUACCACCACCAGGGUGUGACAGUGUGAGUGAAUGAAUGAUGUAUCCAAUGUAAAGCACUUUGAGGGUCUCUGAUAAAGCGCUACAUGAAAUCUGAUGCAUUAUAAAAUUUUACUUGUGUUCUUUAAAAAGGAUAUCGGAAUGAGAAACAUAAAGCCACAAAAAGUAGAACAUCUUUUUACAAUUUGAACUUUAGUGAAAAAGUAACUGAGAGGAAGGGAGAAGAGAAAUGAAUGUAAGAAAUAUCAAAAAUGAAAUACUAUGAAUGCCAAUGUUACACAUUAUCAGAAAGCCACUGAAGUGGCAGGAAAAAACUAUGCUAUGAAAAUAGUAUCAAGAAAAUAAUAUAAUAUAUAUAAUAUAAUUUCCUCUUUAUCAUGAAGACAUUUUAACUCUUAAAUUGAUCUGGAAGUCCAUCAGUAUCUAUGCAUUUCUAAAAUCCAGGUUUUUACUCAAAAGCACAACAUAAUCAAAUUAAAACAAAUUAAAACGGUAACACGUUAUUGGACACAAAACAUGUGUAAACAGUCCAAACCUUUUCAUUUCGCUCCACAGGACUACAUGGAGACAGAACGACUGCUGAGCCCUGACAAUGUCAACCAGGAAGCUCUGCUCUCUUACGCCCGUGAGGCAGCUGACUUUGGCACAAACUACCAGCUGCCAUCCCUAGACUAUGCCAUCAACCACUAUGGACUGCCUGAUGUAGCCAUGUUUGACUUUACCAGCAUGUACGCCUCAGAGAACGCCGCCUUAAUCAGGGAGAAACAUGGACAUCAGCUACUAGUCGCACUGGUGGGAGACAGUCUGCUCGAGGUACUUUUAGUGGUAGCGGCGGGGGCUGUCGUGUUCUUCAGAUUGAUAUGAUAUCCUCGCCUGUCUCUGAGGACCAGUUUGUUUGUGUUGUGCUGACAUCAUGUGUUUGCUUGCAGCCUUUCUGGCCAAUGGGUACUGGUUGUGCCCGGGGUUUUCUAGCAGCGUUUGAUACUGCUUGGAUGGUGAAGGGCUGGGCACAUGGCAGGAGCCCUCUGGAGACACUAGCUGAAAGGUUUGUGGAAUUUGGAUCAUGAAUGUCCUACGCUCUGUUAUUUAUUUUGUCUUUAUUGUUAUAAAAAAAAAAUAUUCUGUUGGAGAUUUUUGGUCUUGCAGUUCCUGUAGUGUUUUCUGUCUUUGGGUUAAGUCUUGCUGUAUAGUUCUCAGAUCUUUGAAGAUAACACAGAGACGAGAAUCUCACGAUCCUGUCUUCUUGUCUGUUCUUUAGGGAGAGUCUCUAUCGGCUGCUGCCUCAGACCACCACAGAGAACAUCAGUAAAAACUUUGAACAGUACUCCAUUGAUCCUGUCACCCGCUACCCCAACCUCAACUCCAGCUGUGUACGUCCAAAUCAGGUCAGUCCCACACUCGCAUUAUUAGAAAUAACUAUUUCUUUUUACUGACUUUGACAUGAAGUUGCUAAGUUCUCUCCAAGAAAAAGAAAAAGGAGGAUACGGUCAUAAACAGAUAUCUAGUCAUCAACAGAAAGUCUGUUAUUGAGCUGCUUUUUUGUCUUUUCUCAUGUAAUUUAUUCUCCUUUACUGUCUGUCAGGUGCGCCAUCUGUUCAUUGAUGGUCAAAAGGAAUCAAAUAAUCUGGAGACAGGAGGACCUCGAGGUAGAUCUGUGAACUUAACAAGGAGAGGUAAGCUUACAGUUUAUGUCCUCAUGUAGGGGAAUGACAAUCACAGUGGUGAAGACACUGUAUUUGCAGUAGCAAAAGUAAUGUUUAUUGUAGUAUGAUAUCGAAGGAAGAAAGAAAGAAAGAAAGAAAGAGAAAGAAAGAAAGAAGGAAUGAAAGGAAGAAAGAACAAAAGAAAAAGAAAUAAAGAGAGAGAAAGGAAGGUAGGAAAUAAGGAGGGAAGGAAGGGAGGAAAUUGACAGAUCUUUCCUUCCUUCCUGAAGGAAAUAAGGAAGGAAAGAAAGAAGAAAGAAAGAAAAGUAAGAAAGAAAGAAAAUCUGAAACCUUUGCAGAGGUCUGAUGCCGUCGAAGUUAAAAACAAACACAAAAACUCAUGAGAAGUUGAAGGUUUUCAAAAAUUUGUUGAAUGUUAAUAUUGCACUUAACCCCCUUUCCUUGAAUUAAACAAAUCUGUGUUUUUUUCUGUCAUAAAACCAACUCUUAAUUCAUCUCAUGUCUGUAAGCAAGUUUAACUAGGAUUGUUGCCAACUAUCCAGAUGGGACUGUGUUCUAGUUUCAAAGCCUUCCGUUAUGUUGAAAUGGUAAUCUGAUCAGCUGAUGAGCCACAUCUGAGAUAAGAGGCAUCCACAACCCCAUUAGCACUGCAUGGAAGUUUUCCCUGAUGCUUUUCAAGAGUUAAAUUAAGACACUUGGAACUGAUAAUGAAUUUGACUCAACUGACUUAAUGUGGCGUGACCUUGAAGAUAGGUUUAGUGUUUUUAAGUGUUUUAAAAAGGUCUUUAGGUCGAGAUAGGCUUGACAUCAUCAUAAAUGAGCACCAAGGCUUUGCUUAGAGGAAACUUGAGCAAUCUCUGGGUCGCAGGCUGACACACCUCUCCACAGACAAUAGAGCUGGAUAGCAUUUCACCCUCAUGAGGGUCAGACAUGACGCCGCUCACCGACGUGUGCUGGCCUGCUCUACUCUGCAGCAGAUGAACAGAGUGAUACAGCUGUCUUACAACUUUUAUUCCAAAUACAACUUGCAGUUUUUAGAUUUUGAUUUUUUAAAAAAGAGAGACAGACAAGUAAAAAAGCAAACAAAAGCACCCAAAUUGUUAAAGCACAUCUUAUUUCCAGUGUUUCAUUACAAGACAGUUGUGAUUUUCACCUACUGGAAUCCUUUUUAAAGUUAAUUCCUUAUUCUUGUCCUUCAUGCAAACCAAGCUACAGUAGCCUGUCAGUUUUAAAGAGCGUUAAAGCUUUUGUUGCUUGUGGUUAAAGGGCAAAGCUGGGUGUCUGCUGUGUCUGAAUUUCACUGUCGUGGGUUACUUUGCUUCAGGCUUGUGAAGAGAUUCAAGUUUUUCAAUAAACAAGACUUAUGUUGCCUCACCAAAAUGUUUUAUCGUGUCGAGGAGUCAAAAGACAGCAAUCCAGUUGGACCUUUUUGACACCUCACCAUGGAUGUGUUUUGUUUGUGCAGACUCUGAAGUACGUCCUGGCCGGCUGCUGACCUGGUGUCAGAGGCAGACUCAAGGCUACAGGGGGGUCAACGUUACCAACCUUACAUCAUCCUGGAGGAAUGGCUUGGCCCUCUGUGCUCUUAUACACCGCCAGAGGCCUGAUCUUAUGUGAGAAAACACACACAAGCACACAAUCUUUGCUGUAAGUACAGUACAUGGAUGAGUGACAGUUAUUCAGGUUUUGGCAGUUCUAUGGUGACUUCUGAAAAGUCGUGUCCAGACUGGCUCUGUUUGAACAAAGCAUGUUGAUACUACGAGCAUGCAGAAUUAAGUGUAUUAGUCACUUAAAGUUGUGUUUAAAGAGUCCCUCCCUUGCUAAGAAAUAUUAAAUCUUUACACAAGAAAGACCAGGGCGGGAACAAAUGACACACAAACACACCUUUAUAUGAAGGCCAUUCAUUCUCUAAAAUCAACUAGCAUACAUACUCAUUUACACACGUUGUCAGGGCUCAGCAGUCGUUCUGUCUCUAUGAAGUUCUGUAAGGAUAAAUAAGUUCGGUGGGAGUUCAUACAUGUUCUGUAUUACCUUUGGUGGGUCAAACAUCUGCAUCUUGACAGCCAAAUAUUACAACGCCCUCCAUAAAGCAAACUGUCACUGUGAAACACUUAUUCCACGCCCUCCUCCGUAACAAUAAAACAAUAAAAAAAAGUUCCUGUUGUGAUAAAAAAUGAACUAAUUCAGUGCCAUGACAGACUUUGGCAGAUUUUUUUAUUUGCCCCGAGUGCCAUUGACGGAUUUUGACGAUUUUGCAGUUUUCCACCAGAGGGUGCUCCUCCCCAACAUGCGACUAGGUUUGGGGUCGUUCUGAAUGCAGAAAAGCUGACAAAUACGUCAUAAACAUGCCACAAUAACAAAACAAGUACUCCCCAGAGAGAAGUGUGCCAUCAAGUGUGCCAAUUAGCCAAUUAGCUUAGUUGUGGAGUGUUUUUCCUCUAUGAGGAGAGUAAGAAAAUGCCGAGGUCAUUAGCCAGGCUAACGGUUUCGGCACAUCGGCUCCAGUUGGCACGGUGCUACCGUCUUUGUAUCCAGUGGAGAUCCCGGUCGCAUCGUCAGCAGACAAUCAAAGAAACAAUUUUCUGGUAUGUCAUUGUGCCGCCGGUGCCGGUACUGGUGAGUGGGACUGAGCCAGAAUUCAGCGACAGUCCGUGUUCUCGAGAGCCAAUACGACUACCAGUGUUCACAAAAUAUCACAAUCGGAUCUCAAGAGUAAUGUGGAGUGGUGUCCAAGGAGGGAGGACCUUGAUGCCACCGGUAAAGAAGUUUGAAGUGAAAUGAAACAGACACGAGAACAGCACCCUCUGGUGACAGGCUGCAGUAUAGGUCAUAAAUCCCGCCUACUCCAGCAAUCCCUAUGGAGCUGUGGACAAACUUAAAAUUAAUUGCACAGAAUGUAAAAAAAUUUUUUACCCCUGGUUGCGAUGUUGACAUGUAGUUAUUGUAAGACUGUUUUAUGUCCAAGUCCUCUUUUUUCUGUGCAGCUGGGUUAAAGUUAUUAGGGGGUUCAUGUUUUUUUUUCCAGAUUGACACUUGAUACGCUACUGCGCAAGUGGAGUUUCCAGGAAGUGGAGAAAAUCCUGUAAAUACAGAGAGCAAUUCCGCUUCAAAUUCGUGUAAUGAUGGCGGGUGGAGCCAAGUUGUCCAUAGUCUAUGGGUUAAACAUUUAUUCUGUUCUCUGGAGGUGACUUUUUGCAGGUUCCAAUCUUAAAAACUUAUUAAUUCACUGGCAAAUACAUCAUUUGAGAGCAGUUUAGGGUCCUGAAUCUUCCCCAAAGACACUUAGGAUUGGUGGAAAGAGCAGCCGCAGAUCACACUGAAGACCUUCAAUUAGUGAUUGACCCUUCUGAGACUCAGCUGCACUGAAGUUAUGUGCCAGAUACUAAAGAUGUGCCAUGACAGACUUGAGAGCUUAAUAGAGCUGAAGUAGCGGCAUAUUGCAGAUGCUUCAUUGAGGUUUGUUGCCAGGUUCCUAUGCCAGUUGCAAUAUCAUUUCCAGAUGUCAAUAGAAAAUGUGUUUUAUUCAGUCAGACAAAUAUCCCACAGGUGGGCUACCAGAGUUAGGUUCAACUUUACUUUCUCUCAUAUUCAUUCCUCAGUUUUCAUACCAGUAAAGGGAAUUUUCCACAGAUCUUAAGGUGUGAAGGAGAUAAGGAGCCACAUGGUAGUCUCCAUAAUUUAUCAGUAGAGGACGCUGCUAUGAGGGCAUGAUGGGAAAGGUUUCCUUACGGUCUACCAAUCUUUACAUACAAAUAAAAGUGCCCUGAGUUCAUUUCAAAUUGUGCACUAGACUGGACACUUGCUGGUUUGCAGGGGAAGAAAAUGAAAUGUACAUCAGUGUAAGGAGCAUCUGCUUCUUCUCACCUCAUUGUACCUCACCAGCUAUCUCCAUCCUCUGCCAGUGCUGGAAAUAUAGAUGAUGUAUCAAGAAAAAUCCGAAGUUCAUGCUAAACUCUCCUCACUGCGCUUCCUCCUUAGUGACUUUGACUCCCUGAAUGAAGAGGACAUGGCGGGAAACAACCAGUUGGCAUUUGAUUUGGCAGAGGGAGAGUUUGGCAUCCAGCCAGUGAUAAGGGGAAAGGAAAUGGCUGCAAAGGCCGAACCAGACAAGCUGCUUAUGGUUCUGUACCUCUCCAAGUUCUACGAGAUUUUCAGAAACACCCCAGGAAACAACAACGGUGAGAUUCUGCAUGUGGUCUGUCUUAUGAUUGGCGGUUGUGAAACUUGGAGUGAAACCCUAGAUGAAAUGGCAUUAUCGGAUGAAAACGGAAAAGGACUUCAUAAAAUUCUGUGACAUUGUGAGUUUGUUUAAUACUUCUGAUGCUGAAAAUCAAGUUCAGUAAGUGGACAAUCUUUCUGGUUUAACAGACUAGCUUUUGAUCCCCUAAUUGUCCAGAGCUGAAACAGACCUCAGUCACUGCUUAAAUUACAAACUCAAGCAGAUUUUGAAGCAGUUUUCCAGAAAAUUCUGUGUCAGAGUCCUUGAGUUUCUCCAAAGGGAAAUGAUCAGUUUACACAUUCACUCCAGGUUAUGAAAGGUGAUCCAGCUCUGCAGAACACACAGAUGGAAAAGCCCACAGACCAGAUAGUUGUGUGGCUAAAUUCAGAUUUUUCAUCCUUAGCCACUGAAAUAAUGUGUAACACUAUACCAAACCAAAAAAGCUGUGAAAACAGGAUCUAUUGGCUUUUUUCCCUAGUAGAGAAGCAAAGCAGAACUUUUGCCCUUCCUGUCAGCGUUGUAGUCUUACUCCACGUAUUCCCCAGAAAUCCCAGUAAGAAAGUUUGAAGCAGGUAAUGGUGUUACUGACAGUUCUUUGAAAAAUAAAAGCUUCCCUAGAAACAGAACUAAUCUAAACUCUGUAUUCUGGUGAAGUCUGGGACUUGAGUGAAGCUCAGGGUCUAUUUUAUCCAUUGAGCUAGAGUUGCAUGUUACACAACCGUGGUCAGGUUAGUCCCUGCCAGAGACAUGACUGGUAUGUGUGCUAUGUCUGUGGAAGCCAUAUCCAGUCUCUCUGUGCAACUCUGGUCACACUGCCACUGUAAGCUCUUGCUUUGGCUAAAUUUCCCUUCCUUUGCUUAGAUGUCAGUGUCCUAUCAACUGUUGCCACCAUGAAGCAAAGACAGAAAAAAAUCAAUUGGUUUAAGUUCAUUUGAUGGGAAUUUACUGACUAAUAUUUCACAAGCCUGUUCAUAUGACCUUGAUAUAUCUAUAAAAGUGUGAAAUUAACAUUGUUUUCCAUUGUAGUUAUGGUUCCUCAAAAAACCUUAUUAGCUGUGAAAAGUUGCACUUCUGGUUUCUGGUCAGUUUUUGAAGAUUAUUUUACAAUUUUUAGAGUACAAAGAAGGAAAAAAAAAACAUUUCCAGGGACUGUUGGAUAACACAUGAGGAAGUAAUCCGGGAGAAAAAGGCCACCACAUUUAACCCCUGCCUGUUCUCACUGUAGUAGAAACAUUAUUUUCUAUUAGAAUUAAGUUUGGAAAACAAUAUCUAGAAUAUUUUUGAUGUUGCUUUUCAUUUACAACUCAAGCUCCUGAACAGUUGAGGGCUGUACAAAAGGUUGACAAAAAAAUCAGUCAAAUCAUUUGAACUCUCUCAUUAAUUGACAGUAAUGUAAAGACAACAUGCUGAAUGUAGAAAUGAAUUCGGAGGAUCUGCAACAAUUCAUUGACAUCUCUGGGUUUAAAAAGGUUCCCCAGAGAGGCAGAAAAUUCGUGAGCAAAUAGUUAAACAAUUUUAGAAUAAAGGUGAUAUUGCAGGUUAAACUUAAUCAUUAAAGAGUAAAUCAUAUGGAAACAUGACCCGGAAAGCUCACAACCUCUCUGGGUUCAAGCCAGUUUAAGAUGCACUGGGACGAAUAAACAGGAGAGGAAAACAGUGCAAAGACAGCAAAGGGGAUUAACUGAUACUAGGACCUGGAUGAAAAAGGAAUGCUACUCUAAUAACAGACUCUGGAAAACCAACUGUAUUCAUAUUUUUGCGUAGGAAGAAGUCAGGUUCAUUUGGUGACAGUUUGUCGGUAAAAAAAAACACAAAAGGAACAAGAAGAGCAGACGAAAGGCGGAAGAGGAUUCAGACAAAAACUGUAGGCAAGGACAAAGGAAUCUUCAAAAUUAAUUCUGGCACACAGCACAUUAUCCACAAAAGUCCAUUUGAAUAAUUAUAUCUAAAGUAACUCAUAACAUUAAUCAUAACUCUUAACUUUACACAAUUGUUAGCUUUGAUUUCAUGCCUGAAUUUGAAUUUGAAGUGAGCAAAUAAGGACCAAGAUUUUCUUGACCUGCCUUGACAAUCAAGAAACAAUGUAUUUUCACAUUUAUCUGGAUCCAGCCACUAAAAGAUCAUUAUAAUGAACAUAUUUGCUACUGUCUGCCCCCCGUUUCUGUGUUUGUCAUACUGAGCAAUUUUCAGAGGGUUCUGUAUCUAAAUGUGAGAUUGAAUUGUUGUUGAAAAGAGUUUUAUUACCUGUUUUUAUGCCAGAACCAGACGAGAAUUCUGAGGAAUAUCCAGCCAAAACAAACAACAAGCUGCCUCAGCCCAGGAAGAGGAUACCCAGGGUAACACAAAUUAUCUUAAUUCUCAACUUCCUGUUUGACUCAUUCUGUGGAAACCUGUGAUUUGAUGCUUUUAAUUAAGGAUCUCCAGAGCUUUAAAGAUUUACUCAUUCUUCACUUCUAUAAAUCCCUGCUAGAAGCUCAACAUAUCAAUAUUUUUGAUAAAUGCAUCUUUAUUGUGAUGUCUACUGCCACAGGUCGACAAGAAACUGGAUGAAGACUCUGUUCACAAAAGGCGACGGAAAGGCAACAACUACCUCUCAGAGGUGAAUGUUGUGGGGUUCUUUUUUAUUGUUUUUUUGCUCCCACUCAGAUUAAUAACUUAGAUUUAAUUCUUUGAAUUCCUCUCUCCUGCUGUCUAACACUCCUCAUGUUCCUGGAAUGGCCUCAGCUGUCUUGUCACAGUGCCCCCCCUGCUGGUGAGGAUGGAGAGCAACGGGAAAACAAAGUCCGUUCCAUGGCAACCCAGCUGCUGGCUAAGUUUGAGGAGAACUCUUCAACAGCAAAAACUAGUGGCAAGGUAAGAGAAGCACAGUUUGAAAAGUGUCUCACUUGGAAGACCGUUUAGUCGUCAGUCCCACAGGAGAGUCAACUUGGAUUUGACAAAAAGGACUUAGACUUUUUUCAGAUUUCAAAAUAAAAUAAUUCUUCGUGUCCCUUCAUUAGAUCUGCAGGGGACAUCAGUGGGUGAUGUUUUUUUUAAGACUUUCUUGGCCUCUGAGUCUUCUUCUUCUUGUAUCAUGUGACCUACAGGCUAUAAUAUGAUAGGACACCUGGUGGAUUCUUUAGAGAUGUGAUUUCUGAUCCUUGCAUAUCACAAGUUCAAUAGCUAUUCCGUCUUCUGACCUUUAUUUCAAUUCAGCUAACAGGGACACAUUGUUAAAGAAAAAGAAACAGCACUCAUGCAGUCUCAUUCACCUCCACUCUACAACACCCUGGCUGUUAAUGUAUGAGUACAUUAAAGACAAGAGUCAAAGUUUGUUCUAUUAAUAGUUGAUGAUAAUUAAACUCACAGUUAACUCCAAACACUUACCUUUUGUCUCUUGAAGAUUCUUGGUACCAUGCAUCUCUCUCCCCCUCUGUUUUAAUGCAGUCUAUAUAUAUAUAUAUAUAUAUAUAUAUAAUGUCUUUUCUUUUUUUUUUUUAUAUGACUAUUUACAUUGUAGAUUAUCACUGAAGGCAUCAAAACUAUGAAUGAACAUGUGUGGAAUUUUGUACUCUUAAAAAAAGUGUGAAAUAACUGAAAAAAAAUUUUAUAUUCUAGUUUCUUUAAAAUAGCCACCAUUUGCUCUAGAUGACAGAAGUACUUUGUGACUGAGUCAGUCACGAAGUAACCCUGACAAGGCACACCUGUGAAGUUAAAACCAUUUCAGGUGACUACCUCAUGAAGCUCACUGAGAGAACAGCAAAAGUUUGCAGCGCUAUCAAAAAAGCAAAGGGUGGUUACUUUGAGGAACCUAAAAUUCCCUCUCAUCCUAUCUGAAGGAUGUCGUCACUAAUCUGGGAGUUAAGUUUGACCCUGAUUUUAAAUUUGAGAAGCAGAUCAGCGGGGUGGUACAAAAAAGUUUUUACCGGCUACGUCAAACAGCGAAGGUGACGCCCAUUUUAUCAAGAUCUGACCUGGAAAAAUUAAUCCAUGCUUUUAUCACUACCUGUCUUGACUACUGCAACGUUUGAGUGAAUUAUUUUUAAUCAAUUUGCAAAAUGGUCUAAAAAAGUUUUUCACUUUGUCAUUAUGGGGUAUUUUGUGUAGAAUUUUUAUGGGAAAAAAGGAAUUUAAUCCAUUUUUGGAAUAAGGCUGUAACAUAACAAAAUGUAGAAAAAGUGAAGUGGUAGGAAUACUCUCCGGAUGCGCUGUAUAUAUACAUGGAGAGAUAUGUACUGUAUAUAUGGAGAGAUUUUCUACUUUCCUUGUCUGCGGUUUUUCCCUUUCCUUUUCCUCACUAUCUCGCCUUUUCUUUCCCCGCCCUCUCCUUUUCUCUCCUCUCCUCCUUCCAUCAGCCUGAUGAGGACCCAACCAGUCCCUCUUUUUCUCCACCUCUGUCUCCUUCCACUACCCCAUUUCCUUUUUCUGAUGAUGAUGAUGAUGAUGAUGAUGAUGAUGAUGAUGAUGAUGAUGAUGAUGAUGAUGAUGAUGAUGAUGAUGAGGAGGAGGAGGAGGGGGAAGAGGAGAGAGAAAACCCCCGGUUUGCCAAGCCAAAGCAAGUCCCCCCUCCUCCUCCUCUGCCACCUCCUCGCCCUAAGUGGCAGGUAUGCCACUUUCUGAACACAUUGCCUUCUGUUGUAACUGUGACUGAAUGGUGUUUCUAAUAUAUUUGCAGCCAGUUUCAGCUCUCGUGUUUAUUAAGACUUUGAGAUGAAUCAAAUGUGUCCUGUUUUGCAGUGUUUGUAAAGGGAGAUAUGAAUUCCUUUUUGCAAUAUAAGCACUUUAUGAAAUGUAUCUUUUUAGUAAAAAUCCAUAUUUUCUCCUCACCCUGCUGUUCCCAGCCCUCCAUCUACCUCCGCUUACUGGAGAACCCUAGCGCUGUGGCUCAGCAGACCAGUUUCUUCUAUACCCCAAAAUGUUCUUCCUCGCAGUGUGACUACAGUCUCUCUCCUUCACACUCACGCUCUCCAAGUCCAGUCAGUCCCUCUCGCUCUCCAAGCCCUAAUGUGACCAAGCAUUACAUCCCAGGAGCCAGUCAGCUCUCUGCUUCUUCUCUGUCUGCCGUGGAUAAUGAUUGUUCUUCUGACAGGUCAGAGGAGUCAACGCAGCAGGUGAAUGAAAUAUCAGGUCUGCCUGUAAUUAGUUAACCCAACUUCAACAAAAUUUUCUCUCGAACUAACUUUUGUUCUCUUCUUCACCAAACACAAUCUAUUGUGUUUGCAGAGCAAAGCCAAGAGAUUGUCUGCCAGGGAAUUUUCUGGAAGAAGUAUAAAGGAGAGGGCCGUCCUCCUCUCCUCCAUGUUCCCUGGGUCCAAAAAAUCUCCCUCUGCCAGUUUGUCUCCUUUAUCUGAAUCACAGGUGGUGAUUUGCACCAAUCCCGUCUUAGUGUUUAUCUUACAUCAGGGCUGGGAUGCCUGCAUGCUCAUAACAAUAGUGUGCUUAUUAAAAAGGACUAAUACAGUGCAAUUGGUUCCACAGGUACAGCACAAUGUUGAAAAUACAGUUAGUACAGUGAGACAUGUUAAAUCAGGCCUGGUCAUGGUUAUCCUGCAUUCUUAUACUGAAUGGUGUUUUACUGACCAAUUGUCUUUAAACCUGGAUUUAUGGAAUGAAGGGGUCAAGUGUUGCUGUAAAGUAGAAUUUUCCUUCAAUUUCAACCAAUCUGAUGCUGGUCAAUCCCUGCUUUUCAAAUUUGACCUUUGACCUAUUAUCACCAAUAGCAGUGCCAAAUAGAAAUCUUGGGUAUUCUGAUUAGGAAUAUAAUCAUUGAUCGAUUAAUUGAUCAAUAAGAAUUACGUCGAUCACGCAACAUUUUGAUUGAUCUAAGGGUAUUAAAAAAGGCUGACAGCGUGCGUCCAUCCUCUAGCUGCUUUCCAGCAAAAAUCAACCUCUGCUGAUCAGAUGGGAUACCCUCUUUGUUCAGUCACUGUUUGUGUGUUGAAGCAAUGCAGUGACUAUCACCAUGCUGAGGGAUUUUGACAUAUUACAAUGGGGGAGAUACAGCGUCAGCGGGCUUCUGUAUAAAUUAAAAAAAAAAAAAAAAAUCAGGAAGAAAGCAAGACAAAGUGUUGUGUGGGACCAUUACCAGCAGAAAAUGAUGAGGUUUCCUGCAAAUACUGCGAUUCAGUGUACAAGUACAACACAACUAAGACCCCAAUGAUGUACUGCUUGUUAUUUCAAAACACCUUUUUUGCCUAUUUUCAAUUAAAUUGAUGAUUUAUCGUUAGUUAUAUGAUUAAUCAAUCGAGGGACCUUCUAAAUAUGCCAAGUCCUUAUUCUGUGAAAUCAUCCGAAAGGAUCAAUGUUUUGUAGACUCCAAAAGGUAUGGUGGACUGUGUCUUUAAUGCCUUUUGAAACUCUGGGUUUCAUGACAUGAUAUCUUCAGCCGUGGUAUUAAAAAAAAUUGCAAGAAACUUGCAGAUUUGAUGACAUUUAUUACAAAAGUAGGUGACAUAGAUAUUUCUAGUUAGUGUUUGGUUCCCAUUUAAAAUAAGGCAACAUUUGCAGUUUACCCCACAACUGGCACACACUUUGUUUCAAACAAAUUUGCUUAUUGAAAAACAAGAGAUGACUGUCUUGUCGAUCUAUAAUCAUUGGAAAAAUAGCUGUACAAACUGAAAUCUAAGGCACUGUGAUGCAGUAUAGAAAUCUUCCCACAGGACCUGACGAAGUCUCAGAUGAGUUAAAAAGCGUAGACAUGUCGGUGCUCAUUAACGCAUUUUGAUACUGCAUCAGAGUUAGUUUGAAAUGUGAACUUUCUUUGUUAAUAAUCAAGAUGGUCAUCUUUUUUGUCUUUUAUGCUGGUCUUGUCCCCUUUCCCCAAAGAGCACCUGAUUCUUUAUUUUUGUACAUUUUUUCUCACCUUUUUCUUUUAACUUUAAAUCACCUCUUCUUUGGCGCAUGGUAUUGCUUGAUUUCACUUUUUCCAUGAGCCUUGCCGUUGUGUAUAAACCAUUGGUCAGAGUGGAUAACGCUUUACUAACAUGCCUCUGUUUUACUAAUUAAAAAAACUUUUAUUCUGAUAGAAACUCUUACUUUCUGUGAACUUUUAUCCCUCUGUUUUAUUUGUUCCCUUAUUUCUCUUUAAAUUUUCUUCUGUAGGUGGAACCUUCUGUCUCUUCUACAUCCUAUUCCCCACCAACUCCUUCUUCUGCCUCCCUAUCUAAGAGCACCGCAGUCUACCCUGUAGUCCACCCUGUCCCUGACCCAACCGUACAGGCCGGUUUCUCCUCUGUCCCUCUGCACACUGCUGGACAGAAGGACAAAAAACAAAAAGACUCAUCUACUUUCUCAUCCCUCUCUGUUUCUGAAAGGACACAUCAAAUUUCCGUACUUCACGCUGAUUCCUCAGCAGACAACAACAAGACAUCUGCUACCCCUAUCUCCUCGUGCCCCAAUGAGAUUUCCUCGCCCCUCUCUGAUAAAAACUGUAGAACUGCUGCGCAAAAGGAAAACUUUGAGAGGACAACUGCUAUUUCCCUCCCAAAAAAUGAUAAAGAGCAGGAAAGGGUCAACAAAUCUGCCCAGGAGGGAUUUGAUGAUAGGAAAUUGGUGGAAGAUAUUCACUUGAAGGUAACAGUUUUUGUCAUGCUUAUUUACAGAUUUCUAGUCCAGUAAUACUAUCCCUCACAUCUCUUGUUAAAGCGUCCUUCUUUCAGUUUACAAUCUUAGAGCCAUCUAAUAGCUUUUUUGGACCACUUUUUGGGUAAUGCAAAUGCGUUUUAUACAGAUUAAACUAGUUAAGAGCGGAAUAACACUUAAAGUAAUAAAGCUGCAUUCAGCACACAAUGAACUGGGUUAAACCCUCAUCAGUUGACUUUCAGAAAAUACUUACCCUUGACUUUCUUUUGCCUCGCAACAGGCCGACUUUAUUUCCAGAUUAUUCACAAGAUUUAAUGAAAUUGAUUGAAAGUCUAUUCUGUAUUACAAGUUUCUCAUGAGGAGUUAGUUCAGUUUCUGAUAUCAAAUUAACUACUCCAGUGACACCUGCUGACAAGCUUCACCUUAUAGCAGACCAUAAAAACAAUUUAUCGUAUGCUCUGUAUCAGUUAAAAAUCAUCAGUAAUAUUGUUUAACUUACAAAACUGUUUUGGAAUUAUAAUUCGGGAGAAGUACUGAGCAGCAUUUAGAGGCCACAGCCUUCCAGCCUGGCUACAGUACCUUGAGUUUUUUGAAAGGUGCCCAUAAAUGAUAUGGAUUAUUAUUACUUGAUGUACUUUUCUUUAGUUUUAUUCUUUUCAUUGAAUUUACUUAGAAAAUUUGUUUGUAGCCUCUAGAUUUGUCUAGAUAUGAUUUUGCUCUGGAGCAGCCUCAGAUUUUGUCUUAAAAACUGUUUUUAUUUGUCCACAUUACAUAGACGUUAAUAAUUACUAAGAAACUGAAAACCCAUCUAUUAUCCUUAAGUUAGGAAGGCUGUGCAGUCUUAAAAGGAUAUUCCGGCGUAAAUUUAAAUUAUGGUCAAACACACCGUAACACUGAGUUAGACACCCCCUCAAGAGAUGAAUGUUGCCGACUGCUUACCUUUGUAGUUAUACUAACUUCAGCAACGACUGCACGAUAGCAAUACACAGCGGUCUAUGUCUCCACUCACAAAACUUAACCAAAGCCACCCUAUAGACACUAAUAAUGCUCAGAACAGCACCUAACUUCAUCAACAGUAUAUAUAGGGUCCCAGCCAUAGUACUAGCCAUCAAACACCUUUAUAGCUUUGCCUGAACUUAACACAACUCACCCACUCUCCUCUAGCAGCAACUUGUUAGUGGGGGAGCCCCGACGAGUCGAUCACCGAGUGCAGCAGAUCAUUUCCAUAAAGUAAUGAUCAUCACAAUAAUAAUUUUGCACUGCAGAUGUGGUAGUUUUCGGCCUUAGCAUCUCAGUCUGAUUGCAUUUCCAUGAAGUAAUAAUCAUAAAUGUUCUUCCUUAAGCUGCGGAACUCCGCUGCACUCAGUGAUCGACUCAUCAGGGCUACGUGUGGCUUUUUGGUUGAGGUUUGCCCGUGGAGACGUAGACUGCUGUUUAUUGCUAUUGUGCGGUUGUUGCUAAAGUUGUUAUAACUAGAGAAGCAAGCAGUCUGCAACAUUCUUUCGCUGAAACAUCCCUUCAAUUUAUGUAGAAUAAACCAGAUUCAAAGUUCUCCAGAUUGUGGACCUGAGCACCUCUGACCCAGUUUUGAAAUAUUUAUAUAUCAUGUAUGAGCUAUAAAGAAUUCCAAAUUCAUAAAACUUAAAGAUGGACAAUAUGAUAGAAAAUGUACUCAUAUGAACUCCUUAUCAUCAUGUGUGAUUUGCAUUCUGGUGUUUAUUCAGCCCAAUGGGAACUGCACUUUUGAGAGCCCUGGAAAAACAGCUCAUAAGUCACUUGUUCGCUCUGAGAGUUGUCCGUCUGGAGCUCCUGGCUACCUGAAAGAGGUACAGAGUGAUACCACUGAUCAAAACUGUGUCAUAAUCUCAAAAUUAUUCAGGAGUCCUCUCUAAUUCUUCUCUGUGGUUCUCACUUCCUUCUGUUUUGACCUCAAACCCUCUGCUCCUUUGUGUGUCCCUGGCAUUAUCUUUAGCGUACUGUUGGAAGGGUAUCAUCAGCCAUAGGUGCUAAAGCUCAGUUACUGGCCGUCCUCUAUGAGACAGACCAUAGGCCCAAUGCUGCACCGGUAAGAUGCAUGUGGUUUGCCAAAGACAAAUUAAAAUCAAAAUAACAUUUUUUGUCUGUUUUUCCUUUUUUCUUUUUGGAAAUGGACUAAAAAGGAGUAAAGGAAACGAAAGAAUAUCCCUGUCCUCUUGUGCUUCUCCCCUCUUUAACAAAAGCAAAUCUGCCUUUUCAGCCUCUUGUUCCCUGGUCACGGAGAGGUCCUAAGGCGGUAAAUAGGUUGUGCUUGCCUGAAUGUGGUUAAGACUACAAGUCAGUUAGUUGAUGGCUUUAUAAGCUUACUAAAAUCACCUUAACCUCUGCUUAACUACUGCUUGUUACAAUGCUUCUUGUUUAUUUUGAUACACGGAUGGAUAGGAUUGAUAAAGGGAAUGGGUUUGAGUGACAUUGGUUGUUGAAAUGUCCUGAUCAGUGGCUGUCUUUUCAGUUAGCUUAAGGUGAAAGACUUAUUAUUCAUGAAAUAAUACAUAAAGGUACUAAACCUGGUUUAUAACAGAACCAUAUUUUUAUACGUUUUGGCCUGCCAUCCACAUGAAUUUGCAGGAUUAUGUCAUUAAAAACGGUGCUUUUGGAAAACUCAGGCGAAAGUGAAGAUUUUGGAAAACUCUGGUUUUGAGUUAGCGUGUCGACCAUAGACUGUAUAUACAAUGGACAACUUGGCUCCACCUUUCCUCAUUAUAUGAAUUUGAAGCCAAAUUGCUCUCGGUAUUUCUGAGAUUUCCGCAACUUCCUGCAACCACCACUUGCACAGUGGCAUUUUACGCAUUCAGUGGGAGAGUUGCUGUGAUGACGCUCGGCUUAAACAGCGUAUCCCCCGGUGAGCUACACAAUCUUUGUACACCCAGAGGCUGUAUCAAGUGUCAAUCACAGAAAACAUGAACCCCCUAAUAACUUCUAAAAAUGGAGCUGCACUGAAAAAAGAGGACUUCAGCACAAACCAGUCUUACGAUAACUACAUUCAUAUUCUGUGUAAUUUCUAAAGUUUGCUGGAGGGGGAGGAAUUUAUGACAUGUACUGCAGCCCGUCACCAGAGGGUGCUGUUCUCGCGGUGGCUUCACCCAGUGAGGAGGCAUACGUUGUCCAUCAUAUAUACAAUCUAUGGUGUGGACAUAGAUAACCAGAGUUUUAGAUUGCCAAAUGUCAUAGUCUGCAACAACUAAUGCUCCCUUGUUUAUGUCAAGCAGUGGAUGGCACAGAUAUAUACAGAAUAUAUAUUUUAGUGAGGAGCAAAAGGAGGAGGAGCAGCAGGAGUGCUUUGCAGUUGGUUAUUCUACACCAAAUAACCCUUCCUCCACCUUUCUUGUGUCUUGUUGAUUUGAUACUCCAAAGCAAUGCUUAAAAGCUAUUCCACCUCUUUGUCGGUCCAUAUGAACAAACUACAUGGUGCUAUGUUUCAUUUUUGGGGGAGUGACGAUGAGGAAAGGGAGCUUGAUCUGAUUGGAUAGAACUUUUUGGCAAAUACUACCAACUCCAGGUCAGGCAUGCUUAUGGCCACGGUCCAUUGUCCAUUUAUGCGGUUUUGUGUGGCUGGGAUUUUAUUUUAAAACGAUGAUGUGUGUACGUGACUUUUUUUUUUUUUUUUUAAACGGAGGGGAGUUGGAUAUUUGUUCAUAAAAAUACCCGGCUAUGUGUGUACAAGGACCAUGAGACCUCAGGAUCUCGACCCUUGACUGUUUCACUGGCCAUAUACAUAACAAUAAAAACAUUACUGCUGCAGACUCUGUGGGAAAACUUUCAGGGGCACUCAGUACUGACACUAACGCUUGUAGAAGUAGCAUUGCCUUGUAGUACAGAUGCAAGCUUGUUGGUGCCAUCACUUUUUAAGCACCUUUAUCUCCAAAAGAGAUUGUGAUGAUUUGCAAAACAGCGAAACCCCAUGUAAAAUUACAAUAGCUUAAAGACAAAGCAUUAAAUGUUGAAUAUAAAAAUAGAAUUGCUUUGGGAAAAUAAUGUGUGUGUUGAAUUUGAAGCAAGCAAUGGGUAGAUGUCAACCUCUCUGCUGCGGGUUGUUGAAGUAGGUUCUCUUCCAGAAGGUUAUCAGUCAUAUCAACCCACUCACUUGUUCAUUGGCCUCUUUAUUUCACAGCCAAUUGAACCCAUUGAAUUAAUGAUUUUACACCAUGUUCAUAUUUAUUUUGGGAAAGAUUUUAUUGACUUAAAAAGGUUCUGUUUCUUUCAAAACUGUCAAUAACCUAACCUAGCUUUUAUAUCUCACUUUAAACUGAAUAUCUCCUGCAAUGGUGAAGGUAACAAACAAGCAUGAAUCAGCGCCACUCUUGAUGCAAUUUUUCUGCCUCAUUUCUGUAAGAUUCUGAUAUUUUCUUUCUUCUUGUUAAUCCUUCAACACACCACAUCCAAUAUGGGGAUUAAUUAUUUACUUCAUGCACCAUCCUUAACUUUGUAGAUUUUUUUUGUCACAGCCUGCAGUAUCAGUGUCCCUCUUCUGUCUGUCCCUCACUGUUUUCAACUUUUCUUUUUUCCAUCAUAAUAAAAAACAUUUAAUUAACCAAGCUGAUAUAUACAGAUUGUGAUUAGAGCUGUAUCCAUAGCAAAGGUGUGCUAUCAAGAAAUAGCAGAUUGUUACUAUGAGGUAUUUAUUAUUCAGAACUAAGUAGCUGUAAUAAUUCUUUUUAUGCAGGAUAUCAGCUUCCUCACAGCUUCUUUUUUUUAUUUUUAUGUUUUCAAAUGCUCCAUCAAUUCCUUCAGUGGUUUUUGUUGGCUAGUCUAAUUUGUCUUAGCACCACCACAGAUCCAGGUUUUCAGACUUGGCUGAUAAUAAGACAGAUGGGCCCUCUUCUUUAGCCUGGAGGACACUGUAAACAAGAAAUUUAAAUUUCGACUUCUAAGAGCACAGAGUAGAUUUCUACCUCAUCUCAGUCCAUUUUAAAUGAAGCCCAGAGAAAGUGGAGGCAUCUUUGGAAUGAUUUUUUUUUUUCGUAUUUGCUUUCUUCCUGGUGCAUUAGAGUUUGAACUUGCAUUUCUAAACAGAGUGAUGAAUUGUGUUCUCAGACAGUGAUUUUUGAGUCUGUGCAGAGUUGUUUGCCGCAGAAUCAUGUCUGUUUGAAAGCAGCGCAGGCUUAGGGCCAGAAGAUCACGCCAUUCAAUAUAGUUUUUUUUUGGUCUUGUCUUUUGUGUACAGAACUUUUUCAGAUUCUCAAUUUUUUUUAAACAUAUGCUUUGUGGAUUUUUUAUCAAGACAAUCUCUCACAGCGUGAAAUAUUAUCUCCAUCUGUACUUCAGAAAGACAACAUUUCACAACAACUUUUACAUUAUUUUGUUACUCGUGUCCAAACUUUCUGACACAUGUUGCUGCAGGAAAAAUUCAAAAUCAUCAGAUUGUUUUCCAAAAGCACUUUGAGUCUCUGUAGUCAUGUUUGGUAUAUCGUCUUUGUGUCAUUUUUGAAGUAACAGUGUUUUGCAAAACAUCAAAUUAUGUUUCUCUUUACAUUUCACACUGGUGUACCAGCUUUUAUUGAAAUUGGUAGAUUGAAGAUUGCAUCAUCAUGGAGAAACAAUUUUCAAAACUAUCCUGUUCAUCCCUGAAGCUAAGUUUGGGUCGUUACAAAGAGCUUAACGGCUGAAUCUCAAUGCUUUAUUGUGUUAUUGAUUUUCUCAGUACUCUCCUGCAGGGACACAGGAAUUAUAAGUAUCUCUAAAAAAAACACACAAAACAGCUGUUUAUAUGUCCUCUAACUUUCUCCUGGUUUUCUCUCUGUCAGUGUGUGGUGCGGAAGGACUUCCCUCCUGGGCUCGGUGGCAGUGACAUCUGUUAUUUCUGUACCAAGAGGGUGUAUGUGAUGGAGAGACUGAGUGCUGAGGGUUACUUCUUUCACCGGGAGUGUUUCCGUUGUGACGUUUGCAACUGCACACUCCGUCUUGGUGGGCACGCCUUUGAUUCACAGGAGGGUAGGUUGUUUGAACACACAAGUAGGGACAAAUAUUUUGAAUGUAGUUUGAUCAGUUUGUAAAAAAAUUAAAUUGUAAAAAAAAAAAUUCAGAAAUUUGGUCUAUCUGAUGACAGUCAGUGAUCUUAUGUGGAUAAUAUCUAACUUUUUAGAUAACUUUUUCAAUAAAUAUUUUAAAUCUAACUUCAGAGGUUUAAUUUUUUUAAUUUUGUGAAUGUAAAAUUUAUGUUGUCCAGGACUCUUAUCUGUGGAUUUAGGGCAUUUUGUACUUCCUCUACAGGCAAGUUCUACUGCAAGAUGCAUUACGCCCAGCGCCAGUCCAACACUCACAUGGGGAGGUUCAGGAGGAGAAUGGUAAGGGUGGUUGGUGUGGUAACUAAAACAAAAAUGUACAUGUUCAAAAAAAAAAGUUGGGAAAUAAAUUUUGAGAUGAAAAAUUGAUAUGUGUUGCUUGAAAGAGCACAAAGUAUAUUUAAACCACCUGUUCAGUUUUCAAGGAGGGCUGUCUUUACCUUAUUUACUUCUUUCUGCUCUGCUCCUAUAAGACUAUACCCAACUGUAAAAUUGUCAUUUUGCAGUCAUUGCCAUUUUUCUAAAACAGAGUGAAAGAAAAGUAUUUUCCUGCUUUACUCUGGGGAAAAAAGGUUGGAUGUGACUACUGGAUGAUUUUUUUUUUUAAGUUCUGUCUAUUUGAGGAGAAUUCAAAUACAAAGUUGAUGCAGUCUUCCUCUGACAUUAUCAGCUGAUUUUUAAAGGUUUGGCCAUCCUGUCUGAAGUGGCAGGAUGUUUGGAGUCAAAACAUGUAGGGGCUAAAAGAAAAACUUUACUAAUAUACCUACAAAUAUACUGUAAGACCAAAUUAAACUUUUUGGACUAGCGUCUUCCUUUUGAAGUUUAGAAGUUACUGCCCUAAAGACCAAAAUGUGUUGUUAAGAGCAGUUCAGAAGACGCUGUAGCUGAUCUGCUUCAUGUUUCAUUUGUGACCAUAGAUUCAGAGGCAACAUAUAUUCAUGCUUAUCAACUUAUUUCUCAGGAAAUGUCUUUGGUCUGUGAAGUUUGUGUGGAAUUGUUUAAAUGUGUGAACAUGUUUGUUAAAGGGAUAUUCUGGCGUAAAAUUAUGUUAUGGUCAAACACACUGUAACAUUGCAUUAGACAGAAUGUUGCCGGUUGAUUGUUGAUUGAUAAACAUGGAUUUUAUUAUGACCAGUUAGGAUUUUUGAAUCAGCCAUUGGAAAAAACUUUGCAUAGUUCUGCCUUAUGUUUGUUGUAUUGUGCUUGCACCUUUUAAUCUAACCAGGGCAAAAUAAUUUAUGUCCACCAGCAAUUGUUAGGUGUUAGCUCUAAAAGGUGUCCACAUUUUCAAAUAGUUUUUAAAUUUUCUUGCCGUUAAUGUCUAAACAAAUUUUCUAAUGAAUUUCUGAAACUGUAGAUUUUAGAUUUUACAGGUGUCACAAUCUCGUUGUCCUGGCAUUGUUUGUGUAAAAGCUGCAACAACAAGAACAAAAAAGCUGCUCACCAAUAAAAAAUGAAUUUGAAAAAUUUGAAAAAAAUGAAAUUAGGAAAAUAGGAGAAAAAAAAAUCUUUACAUUUAAAAAAAUAAAAAUCUAAUUGUAUUUAUUUUUCUUUGGACAUCUCAUUUCAUCUCAGAAGGAUAUUUUGUUAAUAUUUUUCCACUGUGACUCUUUAUAAACAUAGGAAGACCAAAGCCGCUCCAAACCCUCAUCUUUGGCCAGUGGGAGCUUCUCAGCAAUAAGCAGUGUCCAGAUCCAGCCCCCAGGUACCCUGGUUUCCUUGCUUAGGCGAGGCCUGAGCUGGCCUAGGCGUGCUAGCCGGGCUGUGUGUGUGUUGCCUCAACAGCUGUUUGGAAGUGUGUGUGAGUCUUUCACAGCUGUGGGAUCCCACUUCAGGAGCUACUCACAUGACUAUGUGUUUCUGUAUGAGCUGCUGAGCCUGGGCUGUCCUCUUCUUUGCAUGAUGCACGAGGUGCUGGGACAAAUCUACCAAGAGCCCCAGCUGGCCCAGUAACAGCCUUUCAGCCACCAGCUCACAUAAAAAAGGAAGUCCCUCAGGGCUUGUUGUAGCCAAUUCAUGGUGACCAGAGGUGUUUUAUGAGGCCAGUUCUUUGAGGGUACAGAAAAUGCUUUACUUGAUUAGCUCACACCUGUUGUAUUCAUUGCCUGGUGUGGAAUUUAUCUUACUGGUCCUCUGAUUCAGUUGUGAAUAAAUGUUUCAUGCUGACAGUUUUCCAGGAUUGACACAUAAGUGAAAAGCUGUAGCUUUUUAGUUGACUCUCAGAUCAGCUUUUUUGAGGCUGCUUACAAAUUGGGCCUGAGGUACUAAUGAUACAGCUAAUAAUAAUUUAAUAUGAAAACAAAAAUGGUUUUGGUUUUGGAUGAAGUUCAUUUUUCUCUCACAUGUAAACUGUGGCAUAUGUUAAACCUCACUGUCUGCUCUGCAGAUGUGAUUAUGUGAAAAAGUCUGUUACCAGGUUACACUGACUCUGCAUUCUACUCACUGCACUUGAAUACUGCACCACAGAGAUGUGCAUUGGAAAUGCCAAAAUAAGGUUGUGUUUUUUUAAUAUGAUUUAAUAUGAACAAUAUUCACAUUUAACUAGACUUUUUACACCAUUGUCAGUAUUUCUAUUAUUUUGUACUUGUAAAAAAGUUAUCUAAUUACAUUCAGUAUAUCUCUGAUUUAUGAUUUCUUAAUUUUAUCUCACUGAGCUCUGCUCAUAACAUCCAGUAUCUAUAUUGAAAAUGUAAAAGAAAGUUUAAAAGGAUUUGAUUUUUGGUCAAUCCAAGAUUUUGUGAGAAAGCCAAACUUCAUCAGUAUUAUUUUAAGUCCUUCUUAACUGUUUUUUUUCUCUUUGUCUUAAAAAAGGAACCACAAAACAUUUUCAUAUAAUAAAUCUGACUCAGUGAAGAUUUUCACUGUAUUUUUGAAUAGUACAAAGUUUCUUUUGCAUAUCAUUUUGUAUAUCAGUGGCUUUAUUUGACAUUGUUAACUGUGUUUACUUCUGGUUAUUGGUUUCAUUUUGCAGAACUAAUUUUUCAAAUUCACUGUUAAGGCAAUGACCUGUUAUUGGACAGUUGUCUCAUUUAAAUGCAGGUUAUUUUGUGUGUUUUUUUUUAAUUAUUAUUAUUAUUUUUUUUAAAUCACUCCCUUGCUAGGUAUACAUUUCCUUGCAUUCCUUAGCACCCUGUUUUGUUUUCAUUCUCCAUUUUCCUACUUCAUUCUCAUUCGUUCCAUAGUUUCUAUUCUCCCUGUUUCAAGUUUCCAAUGCUCUGAUUGGCUUACUUCUGCUAGCAUGGUGAUGAUUGGCCUGCUUAGGUCAUGAGAUCUCCCUGGAGACCCAUCUUCACGACAAUGGUUUACCUCCACCUAAGGCUGUUAAAAUUAAAUCCAAAGAAAAAAAAAAAAAGAAUGAAAUCAAAUAAAAAUUCAUUCAUAUUUAAAGUCUCUUUGAGAAAUCUAAGCCAGUCAGGAAUGGUUGUGAAUGUGACUGGUUUCCAAUAAGGAGGCAGAUCAUAUAUACUGUGGCUUUUUUCAGAGUUUGAUCUUUGAGGCAUUGAAGCUUUUAGUGUUUCAGUGUUCACCAGCUUCAGCUACAUCAAUGUGAUCAUUUUAACCUGCCAUGAGCUAACCUGGUCACUCACUGCAAAGUUGAAGCAAAGAUUUUUGGAAACUUGUGCUUGCACUAUGCUGAUGAUGCACAUGUAGCACCUUCAGUUGGUUUGUAGUCGUCUUAACAGCAGCUACACUAACUCUAUUAACACUAAUUUUGUGCUGUAUUUAUCUCCUCAUAACCUCACAUCAGACAAAAGUCCUUUGAAUGCGGCUUUUAUUUUUGCUGCACGCUCUGAUGCAUUAUGAGAAGCAGCUCUCCUCUUCUUAGACCCACCUGACUGUAACAGCUGUGUCUACAUGUCUGUGGUCUGUCUGUGGUUCCCUCUGUUUCAGAAGGAGGCCUUCCCCCCUCAGAGCCCCUCUCCAGAUCUCUCUCAUGCACCUCCUAGUCUUUGCUUUCGAGAUCUGCAGCAACAUAGCAGCUAUUUGCACACUGCCAUAUAUAAUUAUAUAUAUAUAUAUAUAUUUUUAUUGUUGGCUGUACUCUAAAUGUUUCAUAGUUUUGCUUUCAAUUGAUACUGAAACAGCCUACAAGCCUUGUUAUUUGUUUUUCACAAUGAAAAUUACUGUAAAAUUGCGUAAUUUAUGGUAUUAAUAAUCUGUUAAAUUCUUCCAAAAUAAAUCAAAUUGAUUAUGAAUACUAAUUUUCUUGGUGUUUUGUUACCCAAUAGUGAAAUUGCAUCAUCAAAUUCUCUCAUUUAUAUCCUGAUUAAAAAACACAUUUCCAAGUAUUUGAAUAUGUUUUACCUACAAAAUCAAAACCUUUGGCCUCCAUUGAAGUCAUCCUUUCUUCAUCCCUGUGCUAAGUUGAUGUAACAUCACCCACACAAAUCAUUUGUACUAUCACAGCUUUUGUUAACACAACAAUAACAUGUGCUUUGUAACAUCUAAUGAAAAGAUGACAGCCUUGAAGUUUGCAGCACAUUUAAAGGGAGACAUUUAAAAGUGAAAGUAAAAGUUUACAUCAGGUUACAUCAAGUUUACAAAAGUUCACCCACCUGAUCAGUUUGAUCAGGUGGGUUAAAAAGCUUUGUCUGUAAAUUAAAAAAUAGGAAACCGUUUUUACAAUGAUGCGAAUGAAAAACAGAAAAUCAUCAGACCAAAAAUGCCUAAAAUACAAAUUAAAUCUGAUCUUUUGUGAGUCAACUUGAUCGGAGUUGAAAUCCUCACUCAUCACUACCUCCUGUCCCUUUGUGGGUUUUGCUGGUGGGUCUGCUCUAUCCUUUCCUCUGAGUUUGCUGUCUGUUUAUCAGCUGGUAAAGUUUCAUCCUCUUGUGGUUGUCUUGGGUCUGUUCUUAUAACACUUAGUCAAGCUGUGUGAGAACAUCAAUGUAUACCAUUUAAAAAAAAAAAAGUCUAGAAAGUUAAUUUAAGCCCUGGAUGUCUAAUAGCUGCCAUACUGUGUACAAAGGUUUCAUCAACACAUUUUCAUGCCUUUUCUCUGACCAAGUGGACUCUCCUCUGUACAAUGUUGACCUCAUUACUCUGUGAGUACUGUCAUGAACAUGUCCUGUGUUUUAGCAGCACUUUUGCUGCAAAUGAUUUUUACGAUAUGAUAUUUUACUGGAAGUGCAAACCCUGUGGACUAGGGCUGGGCGAUGUGACCUCAAACCAAUAUCACGAUAUAUUGAGCAGUUCACCUCGAUAAUGAUAAAUGGACGAUAACUUCUCAACAAGCUGCUCACCCCCUCCCUCAUUAACUUUGUCUACCUCAGCUGCCGCUCCAGUGGCUACAACUUUUGAACCAUCCUCCAUCUCCUCACCUGUCUUUCCCCCUUUGUUACAAACUGAAUGGGUGGAGUCUUAAAGGGAUAUGAGACCAUAGCCUACCUACACACAUCCAAAACCAACUAUUAUUUAUUUUUUUGACACUUAAUAUACAGAUAUGGGCAAAAUGACAUCAGUUAUUGUUGUAAAUUUUACUAUCUGUACAUUUUCGGUUUAUCGCCCAGCCCUACUGUGGACUGCAUGUGUCAUUCUCAGAAGCAAACAGUUUGUUAUUUUCACUAAAUGUUUUUACUAUAUGGAAUGUAUACAAGGAUAUGUUUUCUGCGUAACAGGCAGCAAUUUACUGAUUGUUUAAAGACUGUUUGUUAUGGUUGAAAGGAGUGCAGUUACUGUUACCUUCCUCUGUAGUACUAGUUAGAGAGAGAAUGCAUGAAACGAACCAGAGUCCAGCUUUUGUUUGUUUGUUUUUUGUUGCCCUUUUUUAUUUUCAUUUGUCUACUUUUGAAACUAUUUUACAGUUAGCAUUUGUUCAUAGAUAGUGGAAAAAAUAAUUUCCUACACACUGUUUUUAUUUGCAUUCAGAGCCACUUGAAAAGCAUCAGAAAAGGGUUUGUGAAGACACAGAGAUGGCUGUGGAAGCUCUGGAUGAUUCCUGUGAGGUCAAACCCACUGCAAAAGAUACAACAGGAGCCAGGGGCCAAGAGAGUACCAAAGGUCAGUGCCAGCUGUGCAAGCCUGUACAAGAUGUUUUCAAUGGACAGGCCAGUCCACAUAUGUUCCAUCAAAUCACAUGGUAUUCAGAUAAGAAAAGCAGCAUUAAUUAUUGAUCUCUUAACUUUGAGUGAUUGUCUUGUAACCACAACAAAAGAUCUCGUUUAUAAGAGGAAACCUUGAAGUAAUGAGACUAGGAUCUCUUAAUUUUGAAAUAACUUGGAAGUAAAAAACAAACAAGAUUUUUAUGAUUACCUAAUAACAUCAAGAUCUUAGAUAAUUGAUCAAAAUUUGCUCACUAAGGCUGCAGUAAAAAAAGCACAGUAAUGAUGUAAAUGCUUUUUAUUUGCUUUAUUUCCCUCUUAGUAACACAUUUAAGGAAACAUCAUGUUGCUUCACAUGCACAGUAGUAACAGUGUGAUCUUAUUAUUUUGAAGUUCCUAUGAUCAGUAUCGUCUUGAAUAAAAAGAGCAAACUAUUGUUACAGUAUGUCCCUUUUAGUCUGUUGUACAUCAAACAAAGGAACAGGAGGACUUGGAUGAAGAUGAGACUUUGUGUUCCUUAUGUACAGAGAAUAAAUCCUAAUAUAUGUAUAUUUUUUUUCAUUCUGACUUUACCCCUGGCACAGCAACAAAGCCUACAUCUGUGGUUUUUAACUGGGGCUUAACUUCCCAUAUUUUUGCACUGUACAUCAGCAUCCAGCAUAAAUUCAGGCCCCCUGGAUUACUGAUUCUUUUCUUAUAACCUAAAAUCACUUCACAUGUCCCCUGCAGUUUGCUCAAGUGGAGAAGCAGAGUCAGACCUUAAUCCCAAAAACACACUGUAGAAAAGUUCCUCUUUAUGCUACUUUAAUAGUUCAUGAGUCUCAUCCUCUUGAACUCAGUCUGCUUUUUCUCAGUGUGUUUUGGUCUUUGUCUCUUAUCUCAGGAGAUCAUUGUAACAUCAAACAGACUAAUAGGUGGAAACGGAAGAUCAGAGCGAGUGGGUACCUCAUUUGUAGAUGUUUUUUUCUUUGCAUGGCUCCUCCUAUCACUGACCAAGCUGGGCUUUCUGCAGUCUAUUCACGCUCAGCUUUCUCCUCUAUGAUGUUCAUUGCUGCAUGUAAAUAUUGUACAAAGAUCACCAUUUUGCAAUAUGCUACAUAGCCCACAAGGGGUCAGUAUCUUUCUCUUUUAGCCCAUUUAGAUAGUUUGCUUUGAUGUGUUCACUCAUUUCAACUGUGUCUCUCUGUAACUCACAGAAAAUUUAAAGUCUUUUCUAGAAAGUAGUCAUUGUGACUUUUUGGUCUUUGGUUAAAUCACAGUCUCAUAAAAAUGAGAGUUAAGAAGUUUCUCAUAUACCUCAGUCUCUCAUAUAAACAAGUUUACUUUCUGCUUUUAUACAGCCCUCCCUCUGAUCUUUAUCAAGCACUUCCAGAGAGAUUGGUCCCAGGACACAAAAGAACCGGAAACUCUUCCUGAAGCUGACUCUGACUUUGAGGAGCUCACCUCUGCAGAAACACAAAUGGUGAGUUCGCUCAAAUCUGAUAUACAACCUGGUACACAGCUGUGUACAAAUAGCUUUUGUGCACUAGCAAGAUCUCUGUUUUUUCAGUACAUCAACAGUGGUUCACAGACAUCAACAGAUACCCAGAAUUCCUCAGAGGGAAGCGAGAAGAGUAAGGAGCGCUCAGCCCUAGUCAGCAACUCAUCCUGUCCCAAGAAACGCUUGAUGUUAUCUCUCUCCGAGAAAGAGAGGCUUCUGAGCUGGGAUGAGGUGGUCACACCAGAAGAGACCACAAGUUUUACAAACAACAAAAACGUACAUCAACUCCAAGUGAGUCAUUUAUUAAGGUGGCUUUCUUGUUUUUUUCAAAGGGAAAUAGACCUAAGCAUGCUUGGUUUUCUGCUCCACAUUAUGUUGACUGCAUUUUUCCUCUCCUCUGAUGUUUUAUCAGGUUCAAGCAGAGACAGAGGCAGAUAAGCUUCAGACAGACUAUGGCCUGGAUGGGGAAAUAUCCCAGAGCCAAACCUCUGCCUCAUCAACCUCAACCUUCCAGCUUAUAGCCGAUGCCUUCAGGAGGACGUUUAGUGUGACCAAUCCCCCAAACAGCUCCAACAUUGCAGUCCCAAUGUUUGUAUUAAACGAUUUGCUUAUAGCUGGUUUUAAAAACCCAUUCAAACUGUUAUAGACUGGAUUCUUUGAUUAACAUCCUGCCAAAACUAUGUAUUUGAUCAUACUCACUGCACAACUUGGUAGAAACAUACAAGUGAAUACACUUUUCUCAAUAUCAAUGUUCUUGCCACCCAACAGAAGACCCAAACGUGAGGGCAACCGCAAACAGAGACCUAUGUCACUAGGAGCUGUUGGCCUUACCUCCCUCUUCAGCAGCAUGGGUCCAGAACCAUCCAGAGAUGAUAAUAAGAUUGGCAAGCAUGAUGCUGCAUGGACCUCAGUUGGGGGCAAUCCAUGGGAGGCUGGACAGGACCUUCCCACGCUGUUGCAGAGUGUGUCCAUUAGGGGUAGCAAAGACCCUGGUGGGGUGUUCAUUAAUGAAAAGGGCUCUUUGCCACGAAAGAAGAUCAACUUGUUUUCAUCCCUGAGGCUGAAAAAGAGUGAAGCAUCAGAAAAUGAGGGGCAGGACCAGGAAGUACAAAAGGAAAUAAUGACAAUUCUCACAAACCUUAGUAAUAAAGGUGAAUACUCCCAACUAGUUAAUAUUAAAACACUUGUAAAAGGACUCCUACUAAUGAGAACAUUUAAAUAUGCUUUUCAAAGACAAACAUGUCUGCAGGUCCAUGCAGAUUCUACUGAUAAACAGUUGAUAGCACAGUCAUCUUUUUGUUGUGUUUAUAUGUGAUCAAGAUUCAUGUUUACUUAAUUUACUUUUUUCUGAGAGGCAAAAUACUGGAUAACUGAUGUAUGCCGCUUAGGGUGUCUUAAGACUCAGACUAGACAUUUAAGGUUAAAGGGAUAUUCUGGCCUAAGUUUAAACCAUGGUCAAACACACCAUAACACCACACUAGACACUCCCUGGAGAGAUGAAUGUUGCCGACUGCUUGCUUUUUUAGUUAUACCAACUUUAGUAACAACAACACAAUAGCACUACACAGUGGUCUAAGUCUCCAUGCUCAAACCUCAACCAAAAAGCCACUCUAUAGCCACAAAUAAUGCUCAGAACAGCACCUAACUUCAUCAACAGUACAUAUAGGGUCCAAGCCAUAGUACUAGCAUCAAACAUUUUUAUGAUCAUUACUUCAUAGAAAUCUAAUCAAACCGAGAUGCUAAGGCAGAAGAACUUCAGCGUCUGCAGUGCACAUACAAGAUACACAAGACCUCUGAUUGCAUUUCCAUGAAGUAAUACCCAUAAAUGUUCUUCCUUGAGCUGUGGAACUCCACUGCACUCUGUGAUCGACUCAUCAGGGCUCUCCCCACAAACAAGCGACUGCUGGAGGAGAGUGGAUGAGUUGUGUUUGGUCUCUAUGGUAAAGAAUUCAGGCAAAGCUAAAAAGAUGUUGGUGGCUAGUACUAUGGCCAGGACCUUAUAUGUACUGUUGAUGAGGUUAGGUGUUGUUCUAAGCAUUAUUUGUGGCUAUAGAGUGGCCUUUUGGUUGAGGUUUGCAGGUGGAGAUGUAGACCGCUGUGUAUUGCUAUUGUGCGGUCGUUGAUGAAGAUGGUAUAACCAGAGAAGCAAGCAGUCGGCAACAUCCAUCUCUAGAGGGGAUGUCUAACUUGGUGUUACCGUGUUGUUUGACCAUGGUUUAAACUUACACUGAAAUAUCCCUUUCAGUGGGCUGAAGUUAGCAGUGACAAAGGUCAAUAUGUCAAUCGCUAUACAACAUUUACCUAACUCUUUGUUUUAAAAUCAAGAGGAAGGCAAGACUUGCAUGCUUGCAUAUGGUGCUUAAGAGCUUUCACCAUCCAAUUUCAUAGAUGGCUUUACACCUAUAAAACAGAUGUUCAAAUGUUUUAUUCAUAAAGUCACUUUUUUGUCAUCCUCAUCAUUAUCUGCUUUUCUUUUUUCAUGUAGUUUCAAGUGAACAGAGUAUGGAAGAUCUGUCCUCAAGCGAUGAUGAACAUGAAAAUGUCACAUCCAAUCAGAAGGUUAGUACAGAUCAUUAUUUUUACUCAGACACAGGGCACUGCAGGGAAGGCAAACAGUCACGUGCAUGCAUGUGGACUGCAUGCUCACUGUAAUGUUCUUUUUAUCCCAGCUGUCUGAAGAGAGGAAGAGGAAGAAUCAAGAGAAGAUAAUGGCCCAACAGGCUAAAAGAGAGCAGCUGAAGAGGCUUCACCGAGCACAGGUUCUAAUCCUUCUUUUAGAGGCGCUACUGUGAUGUCUUUGGGCUUAAAAAUCCUAUAGUGCAUUUUUUUUUUUUUUUAAUGUAUAGUGUUAUGGCAUAAAGCCUCUCUGGUCUUCUGUAAGCACAAAAUUUCACUUCUUCAGCAGCUGAAAACAUCUCCUGUGUGAGACAAAGUACAGUACUAAAUGAAUGUUACUUCUAAUUGCAUUGAAAUUUGUCCUUACGCGGCUGAAGGAUCACUGUCAUUAUUCUCCACUGUUUGAUUCCACUGCUCUGUAUAGAGAAAUAGUUGACAUCAAUGUAGCAAUGGAUUAAGGUUAGCUUAGCUUCGGUUGUACAGUACACUAAGCUAAGAGGAUGCUGUCUUCAGCUUAAUAAUGAAUGUACAAGCACACAUUUUGUAUUGACCUGUCCAUUAGGUUCAAUUAUUGCUUUAAAAGCUGUAAAAUCAAGCCUUGCACACAGUGUUCUGCAUUUUCCAGAUACUAAGACCUUGUGUCUGAUAUGUCUCUUGUGACCCUGGUAUCAAGAGAGUAAAUGCAAUAUUGUUUGAUUACAUCUAAUAAGAAAGAGAAAGAAAACUCCUUUCAAAACCAAAAACAAAGCAUUAUUUGGACAACUACCUGCAAGUAGUUCUUGAUUGUAGAGUUUUUUUUUUCUUUUAUAAAAUGUUUCGUCUAUAAAGGCCAGAAAGGUAAAAAUAUUUGCAGUGAUUUGUCUGGAUUUCCUUGAAUAAAAACUACAUCUCCUGCAGAAAAAUACUUGAAACAGAUCAAAAUACUUUGAAAGCAUCUCAAGCUACAGUAUUGUGUAAACCAGCAUUUGAGAUCUCAUACUUGAACCAUGUGUGUCCUAUGUCUCAUUUCUGCGCCCCCCAGGCCAUCCAGAGACAACUGGAGGAGGUUGCAGAGAAACAGAGAGAUCUUGAGGAGAGAGGGGUGGCUAUAGAAAAAACUAUAAGAGGAGAAACAGGUACUGGACAAUAUACACACCCACAGACCAGUGAUUUACAAAAGUCCUUGAGUCUGAAGAAGAUAUUCAAAGCUACUUUCAUUGACGGAAGUAUGAAUCGUAACACUUUGGAUAAAUGUAAUGCCCAGUGGAAUUUCACUGUGAAAACUUCACUCAUCUGCUCUAUUUAUUGAUUUGCCAAUACUUCUCAAACCAUUUACAAAAAAGCAUUGCUUUGUAUUGCUGUUCUGGGUAAAAGCCUCUACACACAGUACAGUUAAUGGCUGUUCUCACAAUACACAGUGGGACUUCAUCGUUGCUUCAUCUUUUCACAGAAAAAGCCUUUGUUUGUGUUCCAGUGAAUAGUGUCGUCUUGUCAAGUUAAAGCAAAGCAGAUAACCUUUGUAUUUGAAUGUGUGUGUGUGUGUGUGUGAUUCAAGUAUGUAUUUUUUUAAUAAUGGCUUCACAGAAUUGAAGUAAAAUCCAAAAUAUUUUUUAUUUCUUUAUUAUACUGCACCCCACCAUUCCCUGUCAACCAUACAACAUCUUUCCGCAUCCAUCCCUCUCUUCUUUCCUUCUUUGAAAACCCCACUCAUACCCACAUUUCGUUAUUCUUCUUGUCUUGCUUCUCCAUGUUUACCAUCUCAGAACCAUCUCCCACGGAUGACAGUGAAGAGGCCCAGCUUUAUCAGUCAUGGUUUAAACUUGUCCUGGAGAAGAACAGAUUGGCACGCUAUGAGUCUGAGCUCAUGAUCUUGUAAGUGACUGUGUGUGAUAAAACAUAGUAGGUUUAAAAACUUUAACUGGGAAAUAUUAAUUAUGUUUUCUCUUUCUCUUGCAGUGCUCAGGAGCUUGAGCUGGAGGACACACAGAGCAGACUGCAGCAGGAACUGCGGCAGAGAAUGGCAACAGAAGGUAAGGGUAGAUCAAGCACAGACACACACGGUCUGAUUGUUAAAUAAAUAAAAUACAUUUAUAAAACACACCCCUUAUUUUCGGCUUGUUUUCUGCCCUACUCAGAUACAAAGAAAAGUGCCUCUGAGCUGCAGGAGGAGCAGGAGAUCCUUGCAGAGAUCAUGAGGACAGUAGAAAAACGAGACAUGCUGGUGUCUAUCCUGGAGGAGCAGAGGCUGAAGGAGAGGGCCGAGGACAGAGACCUGGAAAGCCUUAUAUUGUUCAAGGGCUACGAGUUUAACUGGGUUCAAACAGAUGAGCUAAAGGAUGAGUGUUGAGAACUUCAGCACUGAAGAACAGAGCAGAAUGUAAAGGGCAUAAGGAGGCCCUUCACAACACUAUUUCCAUUUUUAAAAAAGCCGGAAACUUUUAUCCUCUUAUUCUGAUGAAGCUAAAACAUGCAGAAAAAACUUUUAGGACCAUGGACCUCCAGGUGCAUUUUUGCCCUAAGAAAUGAAGCUGGGCCUAUUUUGUCUCCUUCUGCUGUUUGCUGAGCUCAGAGACAACAUCACAGUGAAUGGCAAUAGAGCUGGCAAUAACAUGUCUGUCAUGAGGAGAAUUUGACCUGUGUGCUGUUAAGUUGAAUCUGUCAUGUCCAAACACAGAUCUAACUAAAACAGAAUACAAUACAGUCUGUUCAAUUCAUUGGAAUAAUGUGAGUGCCUUGUAAAUGUACUGGCACACCUCAGCUGUUUGGUUGCAUGCCUCGAGAGUUGUUGUGAUGAGUUAUUGUUGCACUGAACUUCACACUGACUAGAACACGGAAUAGAGUCACUCAACACUUACCCUUCAAGUAGUAAAUAGUUUUAAAAUGUUAUGAAUAGAUUAAUUUUUUUUUUUUUCAUUCACCGGUAGUCACUUUGUAGCAAUGCUAUUUGUUACAUUCCUUUAUUCCUUCCUUUAUUUUUUUCACUGUGUGCCUCAACACUGUCAAAUAAAGUUUAAAUACAUAUUUACUCCAUGACAAUUAAACACAGGAUAAGAGUGUAACUGCCACGUGGUGGAUAUCUGCUGCUGUAGUGGAAUUUCCACUUCAAUUUUCUUUGACACUGGUGUCCAUAUAGUGCAGCUGACUCAGAAAGCUUCAGAAAACUUCAGAAAACCGCAUUUGCCCAGGUUGAAGCUGUACCGCAUGUUAGACCAGGGAUUGCAACACAAUCUUACAGCCUUUGUCCUCCUUAGCUGUCAAGACAAGCCAUCUGCCUUGACAUCACUGGUCAGGCAUGAGGUGUAGUUUUCUUCUCUAACUUCAGAGCUGUUAACCUGUGACCAACAGUUGUCAGUUAAACUGUGAUCAUUUUGCUUGUUUUAUUCUUAUGUGUGAGCUGUGAAGCAGCCUCACCCUCCACAAGAGACAAUUAAUAUUUACAUUAGUUUUUACCCAUGAUGAGACACAACAAUGCUCAUUGGGUUUGUGGGCUUUAAAUGUUAAGUUUGCUGUGAAUGGAUGUAUAAAUGAACACUUAAUCCCCUGUAAGUUAUGUUGUCCUGAAAAGACUAUGGUCUGAAAUGUGAGUAUUUUGGUUUUAUGCUGCUUCAACUUUUAUGUUCUAAAGGUUAAUAAAAAAAAUAAAAAGAAUAAAAUAAAAUAAACAUAA